GUAAAAUAGAGCGAUGGCACUGGGCAUAUCUUCGACGCCCACCGACUCGUCGUCGGGCCGGGGCUCGCCGGUGAGCCCGAUCAGCAGCCCCGUCACGCCGCUGGCCACCCGGCUCGCGCCCAUGCCGCCGAUGGUGCCCAACCCCAUGUUCGGGCUGCCCAUGCUCAACUUUAGCGUGUCCCAGGUAGCCAGCGUGUGCGAGACGCUCGAGGAGAGCGGCGACAUCGAGCGGCUGGCCCGGUUCCUGUGGUCGUUGCCCGUCGCCCAUCCCAACAUCGUCGAACUCAACAAGAACGAGGCCGUGCUCCGGGCCCGGGCCAUCGUGUCGUUCCACAGCGGCAACUACCGUGACAUGUACACCAUACUCGAACACCACAAAUUCACCAAGGACUCGCACGGCAAACUGCAGGCCAUGUGGCUGGAGGCCCACUACCAAGAGGCGGAGAAGUUGCGGGGCCGGCCGCUGGGCCCGGUCGACAAGUAUCGGGUCCGCAAGAAGUUCCCGUUGCCCCGGACCAUAUGGGACGGCGAACAGAAGACCCACUGCUUCAAGGAGCGCACCCGGAGCCUGCUCCGCGAAUGGUAUCUCCAGGACCCGUACCCGAAUCCCACCAAGAAAAAGGAACUGGCCCAGGCCACGGGACUGACGCCCACCCAGGUGGGCAAUUGGUUCAAAAAUCGCAGACAACGUGAUAGAGCCGCCGCGGCCAAAAACAGGUAAGCAGCUAUAAUAAUUAAUAUUACGAUAUUAUAAUACGCGGUUCGACGUAAUCGUUUUUUAUUUCCGAUCAAAUAUUAUACUUAAUAUAAAAAUGAUAAAAAAAAAAAAAAAAAAAACUAUUAUUAUGUUCACAUUUUAGCGCGAGGUAGUUUGAAAAUUACGCCCUUAACGGCACCGACGAUAGCCCUUUUAUAAUAAAUAAAUAUGCGCGCGAUUCGUGCGAAAUUUUCAAAAAUAUCUACUCACGUACGAAGGAAAUAUAUGUUAUUUAUAAAUACGUUUCAAAGGAAUAAUACGUUUUACGAGUGUUUCACGCCAAAAAAUAAUCUCUACGUUAUUAUUAUCAUUGCGACGUAGUAUACAUUAUUAUAUAUAUGCAUAAUUAAAGACGACCGACGUGAUUUAUCGUUGAUAAAAAUCUAUAAAACCGUUGAUCUUACGCGUGUAUAUAAAUGAAAACGAAUCCAAAUCGAUAAAUACAAUACCUAAUUGAAAUAAUUACAACAACGUGAGCUAUGUUAAAUUAUGCGGAUUUUAUAAUAACAUGGUGUAAAUUUUAGGUACUAAUGUAUCCGAUUUACAAACGCGAACAAAAAGAAGUAUUUAUUAUUGUUUCAUACUCGUACGAAGUGACGAAUUUUUAAAAUUCGAUUUUAACAAUAAAAUUAAAUGUGCAUGAUACAAUAUACUUGCAGCAACCUUCUGCAAUACAAGUUCAAACGCGUUGCGGUUUUUAAAAAAUAAUUUUUUUUUUUCGAAUAACCGAAUCGCAAUUUUUCGGAACGUAAUGAAAAUAUCCGGACUCGUAGAAGUUUUGUGUGACUGUAUGAACACUGCAUUGUACGCAGUUGUUUAAUUGUUAUUACAUUAUUUUCUAUACCCUAAUUUUCGAACGGAAAAGAAAAAUUGAAAUUCGCGACAAAACACGUUGUUGUACGCGCACUGCACAAUAUUAUCGUGUACCGCUGUCCGUGUAAACAUUACACGUGUAUAGUUGAAACGAAUUGCGGCCGUUCGAAAUUUUGAAAAUAUCAAUGCAUUCCUAUACGUGAUCGCGGUCGCGAAUCUCCGGAAAAAAAAAAAAAACACCGCGCCGUCAAAAGCCUCGUCGCGUAGACAUCGUACUUGCUCGCGCGUACCGCUCGCACGGCGUGCACCGCGCGCAGUAUAAAAUGUGUACGCGCGCGGCCGCGCCGUGCGACGGACCGCCUCGUCGCGACGGCAGUCGGCUCGGCGAAAAACGUGACGUUUCGGAUAGCCGCCCGCCGUAUUCGAUCGGCACGGACGGCCGUGCGCCGUCCAUUCGCCGGGCCGAUUCGAUUAACCGCGUUCCGAAAAUGCCGCGGGCCGCGGGUUUAAUUCGUCGUGCACGCUGCGGGCGCGUACGUUGCGUCUCGGCGUGCGCAUUUGUUUCGGUAAUUCACGCGCGUACGGAAAACCGCGGAGUAUCGUCGAAUAUAAUAACAAUAAUAUAACGUACGUAACGUGUGCGCGUACACGUAGCUCCGGAUUUUCGCCGAUAUCGGACUGAAUGGGUAGGGAGGGGGGGGAAACCGACGGGGACCUCGUACAAUACUCGGGGCCGGCCGUUAUACGCGUACAUCCAUUACGUGUGUACACGCAGCUAUAUUUGCCGGAAGCCGUUUUUCCGAAAUUAUCGUUACUUUUUUUUUAUAUGAGAGACGUGCACGCGCGUACGGACGCACAGACAAACGCUAAAAUACAUAUUAAAAACAAAAAAACGAUGCAAUAUCGUGUGUGUUAUACCGCAGUUAUAUAGACUGCUGCAGCGGCGCCGGAGUAGAUUUUAACCGUAUUUCUACGGUCGAACUCGUUUUUAAUACUCGGAUACUACGGACAUUUUAACCGGUCACUUCGACUUCGAGUUGACCUGCAAGUCCGACUGUGCCAUACAAAUAUUUACGAUAAUAGCGAUUGGAAAAUAAAUCGUUAUUCGAUAACGCGUACGUGUAGACAUAUUAUUACGAACCGCUAAACGCAGACGGGGCGCGCGUUCAGAUUUUCGAAUUUUUCGGGAAAGAUAAAAAUGACAUAUCUUAAACAAAUUGCAGAAAAACGAUAAUUCCCCGUCAAUCAUAUGUAAAUAUUCAAACAAUAACGUAUAAUGUUGUAUAGCGUUAGAUAUCAUCUAUACGAGUGUCGCUAUACAGCGUGCAGCAGAUCUCAUAAAAUGUCAAUAGGAGAUGUCUUUAGUUUUUCUCGAAACAUUUCUGAAAUUCGAACGCGCACAUAUUGUUCUUUCUGGAUUUGGCGAUUCGUGUCUACGUAUACGUAUAAUCUGCGUGACUGCGUCGUCGGUUGAACUAUACACAAACGAAAGUGCCAAUACAGUGCACAUAUAUACAAGUAAAUAUAUAAAUAUAUUAUAAUAUUGUGUCGUUAUAAAAAUACCAUUCAACAUUUCGAGUCGGUAACCGUAAAACUCGUUUUAAACAACCACUACAUAAACCCGGUAUACCAGCUAUAAUAGUAUAUUGCUUAUAGGUGCGUGAACGUAAAACUGUUUUCAUACAAUUUUUAUUCGAAAGUAAAAUUAUAUACUAGGUACAAACGCGCGUAUGAUACAUAAUGUUAUUAGAUAGGGGAUACUUUAGAGUUCAGAAUAUAUCUUAUACAGGCGUUAAAAAAUACAUCGAUACAAAUAUACAUGUACAUAAAUGCAACGGCACGUUCUCGGAUUUUCACGGGAUAGGGCACGCAGUUUACAACAUUCACGUAUCUGGGCGUUAUUUUCUUUUUGUUUUUGGAAAGAGUUCAAUUGCUUAACGUCUACAUAAAUUCCAAUCGUCUAAUCGCUUAACUAAAUGUCAUACAGCUAUAAUCCACCAACAAUCAGUUUUUACGCGCGAUAAAGUCUUUACGUAUUGUUUUUAUAUUUCGUUAAAUUUGACACGAGUGCACGUGCGUACAGCGUUCUGUCGGCACGUUACACUGAAAAUUAAAAUUUCUCGAGUCACUGUAAUUAUAUGUACUUUUUGUUUGGCCAAAAAAGGCACCGUACAGCUAUUGAAAACCGUAAAAAAUUUUAAUUUAGCCAUUUUUUCCCCGGGACCAAAGGUGGUAUAGAAUAUAGAAAUAAGUGACAUAUGGUAGUGUAACAUAUACGCUGCGAGUAUUUUCAGCAUUCAUCGUGUAGUGUCGCAGCACUGCAGUGUAUAGUGUCGUGCGUUAUACUAAUGUAUUAUGCCAACCACGAGGUCGUAUUGGGUCGUUUCGGUUGUCCAGAACUUCGGUUUUUUAAAAUCAACGAAAAACAUCUUGUGAAAAAAAACAAAAGGAAUGAAAUAAACCGGUUUUUAUAAAAAAAUGUUUAUGAACGAAUGCAAAUUUCUUUAAAACGUAUAUUUUACAUACACACACACAUAUACACACACACACGUAUAUAUUUAUGUAUAUAUAGGUAAUACGCGCGAUAUGCAGGCAGGUGGACCAUGGCACAUAAUGUUUAUAAGAAGGAUAAUGCAGGUAUAAAUGAUAAUAUUACAUGAAUUAUUCGUGUAUAUUAUAAGGUACCUGUCAUACACCGUCCACUCAGGGAUCGAAAAUAAAACGUGUAUUAAAAAAAAAAAAAAAAAACUGAUAUUGCUUAUUAUGGGUGUACCACAUGUUGAAUAUGUAUAGUUGGAAAAGUUGAGAAACACAGAAUAUGUUAAACAUUUCAAAUACGCCAUCACGCAAUAACGAAAGACGUUAAAAACAAACGAAUUAUAUGUAUUAUCAAUUUAACCAAAUAAUAUAUAAUUCUAGUAAAGUUUAUUUAUUUUUUUUUAACCGCUUUUUUCGAAAUAAAGAUACAUAAUAUUGUACAAUAACGGUAUAUGAUGUACAUAGUAUACACACGGGGUCUUUUAAAAUUUCAAACUGCAUAAUAUAAGCAAUCUUUUUAUUAAAACAGCAAUAUACGUACAUGCAGAUAUGCAUUUGAUUGUAUAGGAGCGUCGUAUAUCUUUGCAGCAGUCUCGAGGAAGAAAAAAUGCCAAAUAUCGACUCAACGGCCGUCUAUUAUCAAUCAAUAAUUAGCAUUUUUCGUUUAACUUUAUACCGUGUAAAUUCGUUUCCCUUUAUUUUCCGGUCAAAAUGACAUACAAUUUAUCUGUAUACGUAGUUCCAUUUUCCGACAUUAUAGUUGUUUGCGGCGCGGUGUUUAACCCUGGGGGGGAAGGGAAAGGGAGGUGGCUAAAAUUUAUCGGGAAUGGCUCUCCGAUACGCUCUCGCGGCUUGAUUUUCAUCGUAAACGUGUGCCUUGUAUACGGGCGUUAAAAAACGUCCCUUCUGCGCCCGUUGUCUUGUGCCGGGUCCGCCUUCGAUGCAGUACAUAAUAUAUUUUUUUUAUAGUGUACACGAACGAGUGUGUGAACGUUUUAAAUAUUUAACGCGUUUGUACUGAAAACUAUACGCGAAAUCGACUUUCCCCUCCCCCACCCGCCCCGCCACGCCCCUGGCACCCAUGGCAAUUAAGUACGUUAUUAAUCCGUGUAUUAUAAAUACUCUCAAAAAUCAAAAAAAAACGAAUACAAUUCGAAAGAUUCUGCGGCAGUGUACAGUUUACGCGCGCAUUUGUAUACGGCGAUAAAUCGUAUUUUCGUAGGACGUCAAUAUUCCGGACCGCGAUCAUUGUUAUCAUUACGAUUAUUGUUUAUGUUUUUAAUUUCGAAAUAUCAUUAAUACGCGAGUCUAUGGGUGUGUGUGUGUGUGUGUAAUAUUGUCUAUUAUGAUAUUAAAUACGCGCGUAUUUAGCGACCGAAACACGGCGAACGGACGAGUGCCCGUACAGUAACGACAGUAACGUAUUAAAACGCACACUCUUGUUUAAAGUAACGCGAGACUCGUGACGGUCGUAAAUCACGUCGAAUAUAAUAUUAUUAUUGCAUUGCGGGUAACAGGCAGGUAACACAUAUUACGCGUGUAUUAUACGAUAGGACGACAGCUGUAAAAAUCGAUUUAAAUAAAAAAUAAUAAAAAACAACCGGCACGUGUGUAAAAUACGCGUACACCUAUUAUGCGCGAGCAAUAGCGAAACAUCAAUUACACAAUAAUACAUUAUAUUGUAUUGCACGUGAAUGUUUUAAUUUUCUUUUCUUUUUCGUAUAUACCGCGAAUAUCUCGCGUCGUCGUCGGGGACGUUAUUUCGAAUGACGUCGUAAUAAUGCGCAUAGCGUAUAUUUAAUAUAUAUAUAAAAAAAAAAACGCCGCUAUCUAUUUUUCUCUCUGUGUAUAUCGUUUGUUGUUUUAAUAUUCAAGUCCCGAAGACGCGCGUGUACAUAUAGUUUAUAGUUUAUCGGCGAUUUUAACGACAAAAUUUAAAAACAAUAAUCCCGGUCAAACGUCACCGGACGAUAUUUCGUUGUGCAUUGUAAUAUUAUAUUAUAUACAUGUAUUUACCUGUGCAGGGCAAUUCUUCUGGAUAUCACGAUCCGUCGAUUUCCCCGAGGAUUGUUCAAUAGUAAACGAUCCGAUUUCUGUUUGUCUGUUUUUCGACCGUUAUGACAACAUUAUACAACGGUAGUGAUUUUUCAAUUUUUCGCCGCUAUCCCUGUAAUAUCGUGUAUGCAUUGAAACGAGUAUACGUGGAUAACCUGUUGUUAACUUUUGCUUUUCAAACGAUUGCGUUUUCGGCACGGAUCGGGGAGAAAUAAUGUGCUUGCGAAAACAUUGAGAUACCUAUCGUAAUAUUAAUUUUGGAUUUACCGGUUGUGAUUCACGGGCAUAUAUUAUAAGUAAUAAGAUAUGAUAGUUGUAUAAUUUAUAACGAACAGUUUAUAAAACUAAGAAUUUAGACGGGAACAAUAAUUAGGGCCGUACGUGAUGGGUGUGAAUGGGUGAAUCGAUCAUACAGUAUUGCAAAACGGGACUUUGAUAAAAUAACUAUCAGUCUUGUCGAACACUUGCAUUUAAAUACAUUUUUAAAGUGUUUAUUUUUUUUUUCUACCGUAUUUUUAUUCCGGCGUGCAAAAUAUAAAACAAUGUCGUAUUUUAUAGCGGGUUUAAGAAUUUGCGUUACGAUUUCUUCAAAAAUGCAUAUUUUCGUUAUUAUUUAUAUAAUUUAAUAACUCGUUUAUUAAUUUUAAACUCUAAUAGCGUAAUCCGCCCAGUUAUAAAAUCAACCUCUCGUACAAACUCGUUUACACUAACGACGUAAUUAAAUAAUGCGCCGACGUACAAGCGCGAUAUCUCCGAUUCUCGAAAUUAUACGACAUUACCGUAUACUUUGAAAUUAUAAAUGACCGUAAAAAAAAAAAAAAAACAAAAAAAACAAAAACAAUACGUCCGGUUUCUAAUUCGCGAUUUACCGAAUGCAGACAUAUUUCAAAGCGUACACCACCUUAUGGUAUAAUGUACAAUCGAUCAAAGUAAUCAAUAUUGAAAAAAAAAAAAAUCCCGUUUUAAAUACUUUUCGAAUGUACCUGCCGUAUAAAUACAUUAUAAAACGCAUUGGAAAAGUGUUUUCGACGCCAGCGCCCGACGACGAUUAACACGACAAACAACGGUCGUCGGCGCCGACGUGCGCGCACCGCGGACGGUUGCGACGCGGUUAACCGUUCAUAUCGCGACGGGGAAAUUCGACGUCUGCGAUGCGCGAUUUCGACCGUUAUCGUUUUCGAACGCUUAGACGCGCGGCGAGUGUACGGACCGAACUUAAAUAUUAUGCGCGUUAAGGCGUUCGGAGUGAUAAAGGCGAACGUAGGCGGGGGAAGAGGAGGGAGGGAUCUCGAUAAAAAAACGAUAUUUAUCAUGUCGUAUCCGCGUACGGAAUGUCGCGUCUCGUUUUUUUUUUUCAAGUACAAUAAUAUCUCCGCGCGUUUAUGCGUUUUCGCUAUCGGUUUUUUAUUUGCCGGGCCCGCACGCGCAGAAAAACCCUCGACAAUGACAUUAUACAGUACAAGGAUGGAACCCCCUCGCCCCCCCCCCAUUUUCAUAAAAUUAAAAUCCCCGCAGAUUCGGACGCGGAAGGUUAUUGCGAUAACCGCGGCUGCGGCGCGCCCGGAAAUUUUCGACGGGCGGGGACGAAGCGAAUAACAAGUAUCNGACGCGGAAGGUUAUUGCGAUAACCGCGGCUGCGGCGCGCCCGGGAAUUUUCGACGGGCGGGGACGAAGCGAAUAACAAGUAUCGCGUAAAACCGUCUUGUACUUUACUCGACUCCGCGCGGCCAUGUGGAAAUUGAUGAUUUAAAAGCCGGGGAAAAAAAAGCGCCGAUUUCUAAUCAAUACGUCGCGAGUUUAUCCUCGGAACAUGGGUGGAAUAUACGCGGCGCUUAGAUCGCUCGAAUUUUCGUUGUAUUUUCAAGCCGUCGUGGGGGGGGGGUGGUGAGGGAUAGUCGGGCGUACGACAGUCCGGACGCGACAAGUAACGCGGUGGCCAACAGAACGCGGGUAUUUCCUCCCGCGGGCUGUUGGCGACAGAAACCGAAGCGGUGGGCGGCGGCGAGAAACACUGCGCAGCACAGUACUCUUCGGCCGAUCACCGGCAGCCGCGCCGCGACUGCACAGCGCGCCCCGACUGCACAGCGCGCCCCGACGCGUACUCCCCCCGCAAUCACGCAGCGAUCGGUCGGUGCGCGACCGUUUCGCGGCCCGGCGACCGGUUCCGCGCGCGUCCGGACAAGCGGUCGGCCGUCUCGUUACAACGUCGUCGCGCGCGCCCGUCUCGAAACCGUAACAAGACCGUGCUCUCGAAUCGCGCCGUCGGCCGUUUAACACUGUCGGCGGCCGGCGGCGGUUGUUCGUAACGCGGCCGCACGUCACACAUUACGCGUAUUAUUACGGGCGCGCGUUAUUACACGCUGCCGCGCGAUAAUCAUGACAAUAACGCUCGGCCGUUAUCAAUCGAGAUAAAUAAUCAAUUGCGCGAUUCGAUAUAUUAUUACAAUGCGACUCGGUACAUUUUUUCGAUCGUGUUACCGUUAUUAUUAUAUCGCGUGCGGUGGCGGGUACAGAAUCGGACUAUUUUUCAGGGAGGGGGAAGGGGCGGAAAUAUAAAAUGCUGCGGGCAAUAAGAUUGCAAUCAAGUAUCGACAUCGCGAUAAUAUUGCGGGUCUAACCGCGAUAUUUGAACGACGGUUCAUAAUUAUUAUCAACUCGUGUGUUAUUACAACUAAAAAACAUAAUACAACUGACAAGCGGGGAACCGGACCUUCUCGCCCCCUCCCCUCCUUAAAUCCGCCGCCGGUCGCGUGUUGCUAUACAGUUUCAACGACGGUACGGCCAUAUACUGCAGCAGUCAGAUCGACGAUAAAAUUUAUCGAACAGUAUGUAAAUUAUAAUUUUAUAUGCAGUGCAUGCAGCAUACGCAGUGGAGUUGUUUCCGUUAAUCGUCUUUUUCGCGGGUAUACACUGUAACAUCCGAUUUUAUUACGUCUUUCUUAUUGCGGAUUAUAUUGUUUAUGUACGGGAAAAUACACAAGUACCGAUUAUGUUACGAAAAAUAAAUAAUAAAUUAAAUUACGUUCGAAGCUACUGGAGAGCCGACAGAUUUGUUUAUAAUAUUAAAUCCUAUAGUGUUAUUGUUGAAAAGGAAAAAAACAUAAUAAUAAUUAAGCCAUAGAUCGAAAUUUUCGUUUGAUUUCGAAUAAUAUGGCGUAUAAAAAAGAAACGUAUAGGAUUUUAUACCGUAGGGCGUGUUUUCGAGCCAAAUAUGCGCUGGUACCGGGCCGCUUAACCGUAGCAUAUCCUCAUAAACGUAUAUUGUACUUUAAAUAACGUUUUUUAUACUUUCGGUAAUUUACGGACAACAUCACGUCAGACGAGCGAUUCAUCGUUUGUUCCGUCCGGGUAUCCCAUAAUAGGCCGUAUGUCCGUCUAUUACCGUGCGAUAUGACGACGUAAACAUACAUGAGGUUUUUUCGUACGGAAAAUUCGUUGUAUUAUUAUUAUUAUUAUUUUUUUUUUUGCACAGUUCUUCAGCACUUUUUCGGUCAGUGCAAACGCGUUGUUGUAAACCGUUCGCUUUCGUAACAUUUUUGUCGCUAGAGCCGAAAUAAUAGUACAACAUUCAUAAUUUUCUUAUGAUUUAGAAUACUUCUACUUGUUUUUAAAUUUUUACGGCAGUUUAAACUUAAUUUUCGUAUAAUCCGUUUCCCAUUACCCAUUCCAUUGUAUCCAUUUCCCUAUGCAAACAAAUAAAAAAAAUAUAAAAUAACGCGUGUAAGACACAGGAUAUACACUAUAACAACCUAUUUACAACCAAUAAUAUUAUAUACUCUCAAACCGUCGAGAGUUCCCGCUUACAGUGCAGUGUUUCCCGACUAUUUUAUUCUGCGCCCCCUCCCUUAUCCCUCCGGUAGAUUUUCAAAAAUCUCACGCCUCCCUUUGUUGAUCAAAAACGCUAGACACUUUUUAUGCUAUCCUUACGAUUCCAUCGUGUCGCGCUAUAUUACCGCCCACGUGGUACCUACACGAAUUCCUCCCUAGAGAAGAAUUCGUCACCCUCCCACGUCGGGAAAACGCCCGCGCGCAGUCGCGGCGCAGCGCACAACCCAUAGCAGUGACCCACGGCGCGAAGUGCGCCCGCGGCUAUUCGGUUAGAUUAUAUUUUAUUCAUCGAUAAUUCGUAUUUUGACUUGAUACAAUUCGCGUGUACAUUUUGUUUACCGUGCCUACGCGCGGUUCGAGUACGUUUUAUUUAUAAUGAGUGCGCGACGAGUGCUAGUGCCGCGUUUUCAUUUCCGGAUAUCCGAAUACAUAAUGUAAUGUAAUAAUGUCCGAGAAAAAUUAAAAAAAAAAUAAAAUAAAAUAACGACACACUUUCGCGGUCGUACAAUGUUUACCGCACGGCGUACGUUAUAGGCGCGCCACACAUUCGUACGCACGCACUCUCGGUGUUUACCUCGUGACGUACGUAACGACGCGAACGGCGGGUGUUUCGAUGGGGAAUCCGGUGCGGGCGCGCGAACACCCGAAUCCGGAAACGUGUGCGCGACACACGAAUAUCCUCGUGUCCAGUGGCGUGGCGAAGUGAAAUAUUUUAUCGGGCAGUUCAUUUUUUUUUAAUGACCUACCACCACCCCUCGACUAGUAUAAAUUAUAGUACUGUAGAUAUAUAGUAUAUAUACUGUAACUAUAUAGUAUAAUAUAGUAUAUAAUAAUACAAGCAUUACAAAAAUAUAAACUAAAACGAUAGUGCUUUAAAUUGCCAUAUUCCUUGUUGUUUUUUACAGUAUUCUGGGCUGAUGGCUUUUCCUAGAACACUUAUUAUUAAUUUUAUUAUUCUUAUUUAAUAUCGUAUGACAUAUUCUGAUGAAGUUAAUCUUGUACUACGAUUUCUCCACAGACUCCAGUACUCAACCACCAGGCACCCGCCCACCCGCCGCUUAAAAUUACCGGGCAAUUGCCCCUCAAAAUCACGGCCAACACGCCACUGCUCGUGUCGACUGUAGUCGCCGCUGCGCGACGCGCCGCUGUGCACCGGCGGCGGCGGGUCGCGCGCGUCGUGCUAAACGCGUACGCGCAAUACGGGGUGGGGAUACGGACCGACGACGAAAACAAAAACGUUAUGAUAAUAAUGAUAAUGCGCAGAAACGGAAAGACGCUUUUUUUUCCCCUUUUUUUUUUUUUUCUUUUCUCCGACGAACGACGGACCGUGAGAACCGUUGAUGUACGCGGCUAUAGCGGUACACCAUUAUUGUUAUUAUUUAUUGUCGUACGGCGCUUUCGGCCGCGGCGCGGACGACAUUCAAUACCGUUCGGCGUGCUAUUAUUAUUAUUAUUAUUAUUAUUGUUGUUGUUGUUGAAACGGCGAGUGCGAACGCCGCGUACACGCGUCCAUCUUUUUUGUUUUACGCGCGCAAUAUAAUAACACAACGAAAUAUUACGUGUUUGCCGGAAAUUUACCGAUAUUAUUAUCGCGUAACAGUUAGUUACCACGGACCGGUUCAAAGGCGCGUAGAGACGAUGGGAUAAACCUUUUUGGAAACGGUCGUGAUAAAGAACCGAAACCCGGAUUUACUUUUCACACGGAAAAAAAAAAAAACAACCGUCCGCGAUAAAAAAAAACGCCGGAUAGAAUAAUCGAGCCCCGCGACGUUAUUAUCCGACGCGAAUCUGAGCGGGGAGAUAGGUGGGAGGGGGUGGGAGGAAACGCCGCGAGCCGUGCGUCCGACGGAAUACACGCGUACCGCGUAUCGUACCUACACAGCGUACAGCGUGCGUGUACGUACGUUACACAAAUUAUUAUCGCGACACCGAAAACGCCCGCACGCGUCGGCCGUCCCGCGAUAAUCGGGCGUACCCUGUAAUUUUUUCCCGGGCCAUUGUCCGCCGCGCGCGAUCCCGGCGCCUUAUCGCGGCCGAUCAAAACGGUGGCGUACGCGACGUGUGUACGCGUAUCACGGGGACGGACGGCGGCGUCGGCAGCAGCUGCCCGCCUCGGGUGUCGAAUUCUCGGGUGCCGCGGCGACCAUUUGUACCGCGAGUGUAAAACACGCGAGUGUACGUGCGCCGUGCAGUACGGGGCUCGUGGGCGACUUGCAGUUCUUGGGAAAAGAGAAAUAAUGAAAGAAAGAAAAAUAAAAAAAGGUCGUUAUAUAAGUACCGCAAAUAACACACGCGUGCCGCUCUUAAUAAACACCGUGUUACGCGCUAAAAGCGAAGCGAUACGCGCAUGCGAACAUAUUGCGUUUGCUAGUGAUACCGCGUGAUAACGCGAAACAUGGAAAUAAAACGCUGACGAGCGCGAUACGUCGAGAUUACCGUAUUGGCCGUACGCGCUGACUUAUGCGGGGCGGACGGUUAUGGGAAAACGUAACCGUGAAGACUGUUCCGGACACUGUUCAAAUCGUUUUUGCCGUGGUGUUUUGCAGGCUGCGGUAUGUUCGCCGAACACGCGAAAAAAUGCCGUUUCGAAAUAUGCGAAAAUAUGCAACACAAACUUCCGUACGUAGCGAUUUUCCGAAACGAAUUUAUAACUCGCGUACGGUAUCUGUAAUAUCGCUCGAAUAAAACAAACAAAAACUACACAAACGAGUAGCACGUAACUACAAGUUACGAGCCUCGGCUUAUUAAAAAUAUUACAUACUGAUACAAUACUACACCUCGUACACAGAUCAUAUUUGAGUAUUUAAUUCUGACAGUAUUACCCGCGUGUACAGCGGGAUGUCCCCGUCUAAGGAUUUUCGCAUCUCCGUCGAUAACGCACAUCAAUUAUUCGGACGAAUUUUGAAGAUUCAACAGCGCAAUUCGUUGGAAAUUGUUCAAAAUUUACCGACACCCCACCUUGAUUCUUUUUAUGGCCGUUUUGAAUAACGAACGAAUAAAAAGUUGUGCAUUUUUCCGGUGAUCAAGGGGUGAAAAUAAAAGGUUGGUUUUCACACGCGUUCCCAGACACAAUAUCAGAUUUGGGGAAAAAACAGCCGAACACUAAUGCAGAGAACCGUAAUAAAAAUCCGUAGAACACGGCCGGACGGCCCGCAGUAUAUUGUAAUAAUGUACGCCGAACGGUGUGUCCCCUACAAUAUAAUAUCUUGUAAUAGUUGACAUAAUAUUAUGUAUAGGGUGUACGCGGUAUAUUAUACGCCGAAAUGAUAACAGUAAAAUAUAUAUACAUACAUAUAUAUGUAUACUCGUAAUUUUUUUUUCACGAUAUAAUAUACAAUACGCGAUCGCGAAAAAAAAAAAACGUCGAUCGGUAAACGCGAUUAAACGUCGGGGAAAAAGAAAAACACCGCGAAUAUCGUUCGAAACAUAAUACGAGGUGUAUAGGUAUUACACUGCCCUGUAUAUAAUGUAACGCCGCUGUAUAAUAACAUUAGGUGUGUAUUACCCCCGGUGAGUACGGUAUUAAACAAAUGCCCGUAUAGCGUUAACUCUUUUUCUGCGACGUCCAAGAUGUCGUUACUGUUAAUCGCAAACACGUCGAGUUGGAUCCGGGUAAGGGCCGGGUGUCGGCAUAUCAUUACUCGUGUGCGCGUAUUAUCGGCAAUAAUCGAAAAUCGCGCGCGCUGUUAAACGGCCGGGUCUAUUAUUAUUAUAUUUUUUUGUUUUUUAAAUAUUUUUUUAUCGUACGCCGCACACAAUACCGAUUGUGAUAUUAUAUUUUGUUGCGAAACGCGUUCUACACGUUCGAAUUGUUAUUAUUAUUGUACGUACAUAGAAUUAUAAUAUUGUACACCAAUACAGGCAUGUCGGCGACCGGAUAAUUAUAUUUUUUAUGUCGCCGCCGACGAGAUUAAACGCGCGCGCCCGGCACAUAUUGCGCGUGCGGAUAAUAUUAUAAUGUACGCGACGAUAAAAAAAAAAAAAAACUUUUGUAACACGCGUUAUUAUGUCGCUUAUAUACCAUAUACAUACACACAGGUACUAGAGCUAUAUUAUGUUUCGUAAUUUUUUACACCUGUUUUCGCGGUACCCAUAUUGUUAUAAUAUGCUCGCAUCGUUAUAAUGUAUGCACGUAGCUUUACUCGUAUGAUUUACAUUUCGACGCGGUAUAAUUGUCGACGGUUCUGUCGCGACAAUCGCGAAACGAACUUUACGCAUAAUAAUGUACGCGCGGGAGAUUUGAAAAUUAAUUUUUAAUCGCCGCCGUGUGCGGACCGAAUGAUGUGGAAAAUGAUAAUAAUAUCAGAGUCGAUUGCGAAACGCGACACAGCCGUCACCUAUUACGAUUUCGGCGGUAAACGAUUGUGUCAUUUUGUCGGCGGACAAAAGAGUUUUUUUUUUUUGAUUAUUAUUAAAUAUAGAUUGCAGUAUUACAUAUUAUUACUAUAAUCACACGUACACACGAUUGCGCAGCGCGAAAAACCGUAUCGCAACGUUUGGACAGUGAAGUGACGAUAGGGGGGGAGAGGGGUUUUGGUGUUCAAACACCCCCACUCCUUUUGACCGUAUAUAUUUAUGCCGAAAAUCAUCGUUACCAUACGCUUCAGAUUUCUACAAGAUGUGGUACGCAUAGAAAAUUAUUAGGUAUACCUAUGCGUUAUGCGCAGUGCCUGAUUUAAAGAAAUCUGUGCCUUGAGCACAGCAUACUGAUCAUUUUUUAUAUAUCUAUAAUGAAAACGGAGGGCUAAAAAAUUGGGAGCUUUGUGCUCGUGCACCGCGUGAAUUCUGUUAAUUAUCCAGUAUAUCCUGUAGGCGGGCCCCUGAUCCGCGCAUGGGCCCUGGACAAUCCCCAUAGUGUCCUUGCGUAAUUAUGGCACCGGUUAUACGUGAUUUGUGUCACAUUCGCACAAUUAAGUUACAAAGUCGCAUCGAUCUAAACACGAAGUUUAUAUAUCCCCUCUAAAAACAAUUCCGGUUAUACGCCACCGCUAAACGGACCGUUUACGAUUUGAUCGACGUUGUAUACGUCGCGGUACAUUAUCGGUCAUUUAAAUCGGUCCUAAUUCGUGAUAAAUACUUUUUUUCCUGCGCCGGUCUACGUUAUAAUAAUUAUAUAUGUAUUAUAUGUAUAUUGUGUAUUUUGCAUAGGUAGCGGUACCUACAGCAUCAUAUUAUACAUAUUGUAUACGCAUAAUAAUAAACCGAUCAACAAGACUUGUCGGCGACAUUAAAAGGGAAACACCCUUUUUUUUCUCUUCAUCUCGAUAAAAACUAUAUAUUAUUCGUUUAAAACCUUUUUUUUUUUUCCGUCCGGUUCGAACAAUAUACAGCAUAUACGGUUUGACGUAUUUUUUUUUAAUAUAUAUUAUUUUCUAUCGCUUAUACAAUAUAUAGGUAUACGUAUACGUAUCGAUGUCCCCUCGCGCCUAUAUUUAUAAUCUACCGGAGUAUAAUAUUACACACUCACACACGACAUAUUAUAAACUUGUUUAUUUAUUAAUAUAUGCGCAUUAAUAUUAUAUAUAGGUACUCCCGUACGUGUGUAUAUAGUUAUAUACCGUCGUAUACGUACGCGUUCAAGUACUAAAGUACCGCCACCGAGCAAAAAAAAAAAGAACAAAAAAAAAACCUUAAACGGGCUUCGAAAAAUCUGACGUACCUAUAAUAUUUGAUUUUUGAAUAAUAUAAUAAAAUGUGGUAAUAAUGUAUCGUGUAUACAUACUAUACUAUACGAGUAUACUAUAAUCGUGCCACCGGAUAUUUUUGCGGAUAUACGGGGACGAAUUCUGCAUGCACGGAUUUUGUAAACUCGCGGUCGAAUAAAUCGUUUACGAAAUCGCAGUAGUCUAAAAAACGAAUCGAGUAAGUGGGCGAGACGAGCGAUUUAUGAAAAGAUAUUAAUUUACAGUUUAUGCAUGUAAUCGGCGAAUGAUCAGACGAGAAACAUGGGAGUUCGUAUAUAACCGUCAACGGUGUGGUCAGGAUUUCUCAAUGGGGACGGGCCACCAUCAGCUAUAGGUCUUGUCGUUUUAGCCAACCCUUUCUGUCGUUCGAUGCUCUCUCCGCGUCUGUGCAAGAAUCAAGAUCCGAGUGCUUUACCGUAUCUUUAAAAAACAGAUUCUCGGUCUUUCUCGGUUUUUUCUUCCCGUAAUCCUUUCUUCGGAAAUGGUCUCCAUAAACGUGUCUCUGCAGUCGGAUGAUAAUAUAAGACCAGUUUGUUUUGUCUUUCUCUUCAUGACGAACCGUUUUAAAACAAUUCGCGUUUGCUUGUUCUAAACUUCUUUAGUUUUUCUCUCUAUCCAACUUGUACCUAUAUCAUCAUUCUCCUCCACACCGAUAUUUACACGGUAUCCAGUCCAUUAGUUAACGGUCUACGUUUUGUCAGAUCACUCCGAGCGAACACGUCUUGGGUUAGGGUUUAUAUUUACACGAUGAUUUUAUAAGAUAGGUGCGUUUUUAGUACAAUCGGACAAAAUUAUCGGUCGCCGAAACGUAAAGUUGGACAUAAACUAUAAUCGUUUUUACGAUAACCGUGCUUCACGUUCAAAUUGAACAACCAAAGGACGCCCUAAUAUACGUUAUAAACGACAGACUAGAGAUCACGAUUUUUUUCAGAUUGGAUGGGAGGGGGUCUAAAUAUACAAUUUAUCACCGACUAUCAAUAAUUAUUGUUCGUCGGGUAAAAAAUAAUUGAAACGUAACGGGUACAGGGAAAAUCAAAGUCCCGUCUGAUUUCACGACGAGAAGCUGAAAUAUCCGUUGAGUUUCCCCGGAAAUAAUACGACGCUUUUGUCUUCGCCGUGAAACUCUCGCGGUACUCCGGAUCGCCGCAGCCGCCGCCGGUAGAAUAUUAGCACUCGGUUCCCCGAGCGCGGGAAUCGGAUCCGUCGGGGGAGAGAAAAAAAUUCAAAGACAAAUUUAAAAAAAAAAAAAAAAAGCCCGUUCGCGUGCAUAAUAGUAUAAUACGGCCGGUACGCUAAUCGCCGCGGCGGACGCACCCGCGACGGUUUUGUCGCAUUAAUUCCGGAAUUUUGCAGCGGCUCGCGCGAGCAAGCGUAUACGGUUACGCGAGCGCGCGCGCGCGCGUGUGGUGUGUCGCGGUAUACCGACGGCGGCACGUCUGUCGCGCGUGCGGUCAGCCGGUCGCUAAUGCAGCAAUAAUAAUAAUGAUAAUAAUAAUGCGUCCGAGCGAUAAGUAUACGUACCUAUAAUAUAAUAUUGUUAAUACUUACGGUUUUUUUAUUCUUCCCUCCCCCCCCCUCCCGACCGGAGACACUCGCGUGCACGAGACGGCGGACAGCACGCACACGCGGACAUUAGACCGUACCCGGCGUACACACUGGCGACGCGGCGACGGACACAUGCCGUGCGACGCGGCGGCGGCGGCGGCGACGACCACGGAGACGACGACAAGUGGGUAUUGCUUUUCCCGUGCGUGCACCGCCGCCGCGUUUUUCUCCCGUAUAAACCGUACGCGGCGUGUGUGACGGGCAUAAAGGCGUACAGUCGCGCCGCCGCGAGGCUGCUGUCGCCGCGACCGGCCGUGGACCCGGUGUCCGGUUACGACCGGACCGCGCGCGGCAUCGUCACGCGACCGCGACGUUACCGAUAACAAUACGCGUCUGCCUGCCCCGUCCCCCGUUUACACGGCUCGUCGAAUCGGGUUUUCCGUCGCGCGCCCUAUACACCCGCCUGCGCGCACAUGUAACUCGUACGCACAGCAACAAUAACGUAACGACCGGUGGCGGCGCGAAGCGGGUGUAUUCGAUUUCACUCGAUUCACGAAAAACCGGGCGGGUGGGUCGCGGGCGGGCCCGGGAAAUAUAACGAUUGGUCGGUUAACGCUUAAUUCAAAUCAGAAGUAAAGUAUAGGAAUGGUGCGUAAAAAUGUACGCAAAAUGAAUUCAUAUUGUACCUGGCUCGUCUACAAAGCCCGCGAUCGGAUCGGAUUCGCACUGAAAAAUGUGUGACGAUAAUCUUUCGGGGGAAAAAAAAAAAAUUCUUCCGAAUCGAUCCGUAACCGUGAAUAAUAAUGUUUGACGAUGUUAUUAAAAAAAAAAAAAAAGAAGAAGAAAAAUACGCUACGAAUCUAUAGAAUCUUCUUUUUUAAUUUUUUUUUUCUUUUUUCGAAGCCGGUUAAAAAUACACCGACGUUCAACUCUCAGCGCGGGGGAGGCUCGUCGUCCUCUCGCUGACAGAUGUGCCGCGUCAAAACAUACAAAGCGUGUGCGACGUAUUACGGCGUUUGCGGGGACAAGGGGCCGAGUGCACACAAUAUCGUCGUCGGGUCCUCGUCGACGAGACACCGUCGUUGGUGGGCGAACCAGUGCCACGGGUGUCAUCGCGGUCCCUAUAUAUAUACACACACACGUUUAUAAUGUAGGUAUACGAAAACGUUGUUUUACGGCUGACAGCGCGUCGCCGCCCCCACGACCGGAUAGACAAAAAGAAAAAAAAAAAAACAACGUUUCUAAACUUAGCGAUUUCGUGAAAAUAAUACGGCGUCCGUGUCGCGCGUACCCGCCGAGGCAUUCCACGCGCCUAGAUUCUGAGCGCAGCGAGGAAUGUAUUGGUUUUACAAUGAUGUUUAUUUUUUUUCUUUGUAGACAACUUUUCUACCUGUAAUUUCGCUCCGAUUUUCAAGUAUAAAGCACCUUUUCCGAAAGGAAAUCUGACUGGGAUGGUACUUAAGUGUGGCCAUUUUUUUAUUUUUCCAGCUGUUUUCAGAUAAAUGGGAAUAACGGGAAAAUGUACGAAAUGUAUGAUUUUCAAAUCGUAAACAUAUUACGGCCUUUUAAAACUUGUCUAACCGAACUCUGCUCAUAAUCGUUUUUUCUUAGCAACGAUCAAUCGCGAAGUGCGUCUGAAUCUUUUUUUUUUGUUACUCACGAGGAUGCGGGCAUAUUUAUACUUCAAAUGAUUUUUUUACGUUUCGGUAUCAAUUUUUUAUUUCACUAAAUUUGUGAUUUUUAAUUCAUUUUUUAAAGUUUAGGAAAAAAUACGUAUAAUUAUGCAGUAGGCAUUAUAAAAGCAUUCGCCAAUUGAUUGAUGUUAUUAUUGUGGUUGCAUACUUUUUUUUUCUCGACUUUAAGAAACUUCAAAAUCAUGAAUUCAAUGAAAAUACAAAGUCGAUAUGUAAACAAUGCUUAGAAUGGCUGCUUACAUAUGUUUCAAAAAUAAUAAAACAAAAAGUUAUUUAUAUUUAUCAAAACGUAAAAAAAUAAUUGAAAUAUAAAUAUUUGUAGACCUUAUAUCUGAGAGUUAUGUAAAAAAAAAAAAAAACAUAAUUUGAUUAUUUUUAUUACCUCGGGAGAUAUUGCAACGAGUAUGUCUUCGUGGUACAGUCCGUGUUAUUUUCGCUUUUAUGCCCGAUCCACAAAGUCAACGGUCGUUUUUGAAAAAACAUAACAAAAGCCUAUGUAUCGUUUGCGAUAAAUCGAGUUCCCGGUCUUCGCGACUGGGCGGCGGCGAUUUUUCACGGUUAAAUUGUCGGAUGAAUAUACUCGGUCAUUUAGUUUUCAAGCCGACGGGAAAAUGUAGGGGAUAUGAUUCCCGUCAUCGUUCCCUCUUUUAUACCCGACUCGUCCAGCGACGACCAAAACGAUGAUCUGUCGUUGUUGCUAUAUCGUCGACGAUGGUUAAUAUUCAACGAAGUUUGAGAAACUUACCUAUAGGGGAGGAAAAAACCAUCGAAUUGUCGACGGUUAAAUGUAAAUUUGUAACAACAGCGUUAUAAAUAAAUACAAAUGUUGUAAAAUUAAAAAAAAAAAAAAAAAACAAUCCGUAAUUUUUUCCCCACUUUCGCUCCGUUGAACUUUUUUUUGACAUACGUAUACAUUAUUAAUAUACUGUCAAUACUUUUUCCGAGAGUUGGUCGCCCGCGGGUUUACUCAUCCAGAACUCUGGACUUAAUCUUCAAAUCACUACUGUAGAGUUGAGAGUAAAAUACGUACUUAUUAUUUUUCAUCGACUGAACUCAAUACGAUCAGUGUUUGUGUAGAUAUGAAUGAAGAUAAAAGAUAAUCGGUAGAAUACUUAUCCGGACGAACAUAUCAGAUAUGCUGUAUCGAUUUGAUUAAGAUAAAUAUAUAGCAACUUAGAUACCUGUAUAGAUAAAAAAAAGAGAUAAUUUGUUUCAUAAAACAAAGUGUUAAACGUAUAGUUAAAGUGUUUCUGCAAAUGUGUUUGGAACACAUUUAUAAAUUUCAAAAAAGGUCGUGCGAUUGACGUUACUUAAAUGUAAAUUAAGUAUUUUAUGAAUAUUAUGUCUAUAAUAAUAAUAAAAAGUAAUAAAUUACAAUUUACUAUAAUUGAUCUAGACGCGAUUCAAUUUGACGUUUAUCUCGGAUAACUUAUUUCCCAUACAUCUGAAUAAGAUACAAAAGUUAUACGAAUGUAUCUGUAGAUAAUUCGGCUACACAACACAAAACUGCACCGGUGAUCGAGGGUUAAGUGUUAUUAUUUCCAGUGGCGCGUUUAGGGGCGUUUUAAAACGGCGAUCGUCCCGGGGCGUCAAAAUGUCAAGGGCGGUAAAAUGUAUUCAAACGUUUUCGGUGCGUGGCGAUUUGUGUAUAGAGGUCAGAGGAAGCAGGAGGUUCCUUGGCAUAAGAAAAUAAAGAAAAUGUUUAAGUGAUGCCGAUGUACCCGCGUAAAUGAGAGGGGCGUGGAAAGGAAAAUUAUUUCGGCCCGGGCCGUGAAAAUUAUAUUAGACUCGUCGAAUAUACCCGACCGUAUAACGUUUCGGCGGUUUUGUCUUUCGUGUUUUAUUUUAUUUUUAUUUUUUAUCGUCCCGACAACCUCGUCGCAUUAACCGUCGUCACUGUAUAUUAAUAACCAUAAUAAUAUCAUGUUAUUAUGCACGGACGAACUUGCAAUAAUAUUCUUGUAUAUUAUAUUUCGUGUGGUCGCGCGUUACACGCUAUACAGGGCGAUCGACGGUCGACAAGACGCUCGUCGUUUCGGAACGUAUUAACGUUUCUCGAAAUUUGUUUCGGAAGUAUUUAAAAAAACGGACAUAGUUCGCACGUUGGACGGGGCCAUUGUUUUAGGUGAGCAGCUGGGAAGGUUGGACACGGAGGAGAAUCCAAUGUCUGUCUCUACGCAACGAUGAUAAACCGUCGAAAACCGAUUCGGAGCGAAGUUUCGUUCAUAUAUACGUGUAUAUUUUCGCGCUAAAACGAUCGGCGGAGACGUAACGGCGAAGCAAUACGCGUUUUAAAGCCGUUCGUUUUGAAUAUUUUCCGGAUAAAAAGUCGAUAAUAGUAUCGAAGAUGUUUUGAUAAAUUUCAAUUUUUUUUCGUGGAGCAAAAAAAAACUGUGUGGCAAAACAACAGCAAAACAGUUUUGAACGAUGUUUGUCACGGAAAACAAUAAAAUUACUCGUCGUACACACAACACCUAUUGUGCACGGAGCACGUAAGCAUUGAAAUGCGGUACACGUCCUUUUAACAAAUCAAUAUCGACGUAAUUAUACAUUUUAAAAGGGCGUCCGGAUAUCGUUUAGUGGACGUUACUCGAUUUCCCGUACAAUGAAAUACGGCCCAUUUACCGGUUAACACGAUGCUAAUUUUUUCGACCGUUCGCGAUGUUCGGCGGUAUACGGUCAAUCAGACGAAACACCGUCGAUAUUAAUUGCCGCGCACUCGCGGAGACGGCCGGGCGUUUUGUCCGAGCGCCGAUCGCGCCCUGUAUGUCACAGUGACGGGUACGCGUUAACGAUAUUCUCGAGCGCGGCACCAUGAUACGGUUGUCGGCGAGCGCCGCGGGUAUACAUUUCAACGCGCCGUCACCUGGACUCGGCGGCGCACUACCGCGCUAUAAUAAUAAUAAUAAUAACGAUGACGGUAUACGUAUCCGCGGCCGGCCGUACAACAAUAAUACGCGCGUAAGCAAUACGCACCCGUAUCCGUCGCGGUGUAAUCGCGCGCAGCGGGAAUCCGCGUACCGGGCCGGUAAUUAGCCCCGGCCGUCGUCGCGGGGCCGGGGCGCGGUCGCCGCGCCAUCACGCUGUGCCGAACCCGUUGUCCCCGCGAGAGUCGCGACGUCGUCGUCGUCGUCGUCGUCGCGCGCACAUAAUAUCGCGCAUUAUUAUUAUUAUUAUUAUUAUUGUUGUUUAUAGGGGUUGAUGUGUUCUAUUGUUUACUCGCGCGGCGGCGCUGUAUCGCGUUACGCCGCCGACAACGACUACGGUAAUCCGCGGUGCCCCCCCCCACCCCCGGCGCGCGCGCUCGCCGGUCCCGUCCGAGAUUUUACGCGCGCGCAUACCUACACAGCAACGAUAAUCGUCCGUGCGGGGAUAACGUUGACGAUAACAAUAAUAAUAAUAAUAAUAAUACGUAGUAAUACGACACGGAACCGUGCCGGGCGCCCGCGGAAUGGCCAGAUGGAAACAGAUUUUACCGUUCGUACCUACGCGUAUACGCGCAGACAGUCGCGCGUAUUGUCGUUAUCGCCGGACGCUUUUCGGAUGUCCCGCCGGGAAUCGCGACCGUACCGCGGUGAUCCCGACUCGCCGGAUCGGCGUCCGCCCGUUUUCGGCCGGCAGCGAGGGCGGAUCCGGGAUCCGUUUGCGGUGGAGCGCAGUCAUUUCUUCCGCGCUGCAGUUUUGAUUCGUCCACGCGUACGAAAUUAUUGAAACAUAGCAAUAUUGUGAUACGAUAAUUGUAAAAAAAAAAAAAACUGAAUUGUAACUGUCGGUUUCUCGAAUGCAUCCCGUAAUAUGCGUAAUGUGUAUAGUAUAUUUAUUUAUUUAUUUAUUCGAUAAUUUUUGAAAUUAUGGACAUUUUCAUUUUAUAAGUUAGAGCUGCUAGAGGGGGGAAUUUUAAACCCGUUUACCGUUUUUGUUUUAUAAAAUAUAUUAAAUGGCUUUAUAACGUUUUUUAUUUUUUUUUUCUGGUGGAUAUUAUGUGCAUAAAUAACCGUACCGCCGCCUCUCGUUUUGUACGAUAAAAAAAGUGAAUAUUGACAUAAAUCCGGAUUAUCCGAAGUCCGGAUUUCGGAUUUAAACUUCCGAAAAUUCCAAUUUUGGAUUUUAAAAUUCGAGUUUUUGUAUUCUCUAAAUUCGAAAAGCCGGAUUUUACCCAUUGCCGAACAAUAAUUACGCUGCUGUUACGUGCAGUUUCUGUUGUGGAUGGGAAGUUGAGAAAGCAUAUAAUAUGACGCAUAAAGUUAUAUAAUUUUUAUCUGUAAGCAUCGAUAAACCAUUGCUGGUUUAUUUUUCGAUUGGAGUAAGAUUUCUGAUGAGAAACAAAAAUGUAUGGUGCGAUAUCGCAACAAUACUUUCGUUGGUCCUCUCCGUUUUUCUUCCUCGAAAAUCCCGUACUGUACGCGCGUUAAUCGAACGAUUGAGUUUGGAAGUAAAACCGUUCGUACGGUCUAUGCAAAGUGUGGGGAGGGCCGAGGACCCCGGGUCCCCUCCCCCGCAACUCCCGGAUCCGCUGCGGCGUUUCGGCGACUGCUACGGCGGCGAGAUCGUAUCGGACGCCGCGACGGACCGGUCGGUCGGUCGGCCGGCCGGCCGGAGCCCGGGGCCCGGGUAGCGUCUCGACAAAGGGAACGCGGCGGCGGCGUUGGAGUCUGCGGCGAGUUUCUGGCGGCGGCGUUUCGGGUUACACGCGCCGCACAGCGAUACAUUCAAAUAACCGUAAUAAUAAUAUUAUAACUAUACGGCGAUCCGGGUCACCUGGCUUGCGGUCAGCCACGUGGUAGCUAAUGCGGGCGAUAUUUUGUACCACCGCGGCAGCGCAGAUGUGUCUCGGACGGAAAGCAAAACGAAAAAGACAAAAAAAAAAAAAAACGAUAUUUUACGGAUAAGAAGAGACCGCGGUAACACGAAAAGGAAAACCGUAAUAUUACGUAUCGGGCGGCUUUCACGGGCGCGUAGUGUACGCCGCACGUUCUGCGCGACAUACGAUACCGUAUUUAUAAUGUAUUAUCAUUAUUAUUAUUACUCUGCGUAUCGGUCCGAAGACGCACGGCGGCGUCUUUGCCGCGGUCGUUCGCCGUCGCUCGCCAUUACCGGCGGACCGUGCUCGCGCGUGUUUUUAUAACACGAGGUUUAUUUUUUAUUUUUUUUUUUUCUCCGGUCCACGUCAAACCGAUUUUUUCCCGUUUUCCUCCUGCCCGUUGUUCAUUCAUGAUUUCCAACAGCCCCGCGCCCCCCGGUAUAAGACCCGUUUGCCGGAUUAAGACUCGCGUACGCCGCCGUCCGUAGUGGCGCGUCCGCGGUGGUCCGCGUACGGGUCAUUUUCGGUUUUCGGAACGCGUCAAAUACUACGCGUUGUACACGUCGCGUUUUACACGUCAUUACGUACGGUUUGACCGGGGCAGGGGGUCCGGCCGAAUCGUCGGGAUCGUAUCGAUUGGGAAAAAUCAUAAAAAAAAAAAAAAGAAAAAGAUCACGUGCUUUGCACGACGAGCUGAGAAUUACCCGUUAUUUCCCGGGCUCGGCCCUUUUCAAAGAAAAAAAAAAAAAAAUCAACAAUAGAAAUCGAUAAACUUGCGAAAUCCGAUUUUUAACGCUUCUCCCCGGUUACAGCCUUAUCACCGCGGCGUUGCCUGGUAAUUAUUAUUGCGCGUUUCUAAAAGGAUAUCAUAGCUCGUAUACGUCUGUGAUGAUGACAAGCGAACGAAAUAAAAUAUAAUACAACCUGGUUUUUUCCACACGACGACCGAUAAAUCGACAAAAAAAAAAAUUCAAUUCAAUUUUCAACGUCCCUCUCGAAAAAUUGAAAAAUUGAGCAAUGCUCCGGUCGGGUCCCAAUAAAUAUUCGUAUUAAUAAUAAUAUCGUCGGCGACAAUAUGAAACCGGUUGCCGACGGACAAAUUAACCGUUGUAGACUAAAGGUUUGUUCUUAUAGUUAUCGACGUGUUAACGUGUUGUGUAUAGGAAAUUUAUCGUUGCGCAAUUCAACCAGCACGUAAUUAUUUAGGUUUUUAGUCGACUACGGGACAAACAAUUUCUUCGCUUUUGUUUCGGCUAUUUCAGAUACUGCACGAUAGUCGUUUUUAUUGUACAGCACGCAUUUUUCAGUAUUGUUUAUCGUAGGAUAAAAAUAACGGGUCAAAUCAUUUUCGAAAUUCGGCAAAAUUUUUUAUUCACGUACCGCCCCUCCGUCGAUUUUUUUUUUUUUUCAUUUGAACGGUUUUUUUUUUUCGAACGACGUUUGGUUGCACAUUUCUCGCGAGUCACACUGCAACACGCGCGUAGCAGCCUAAUAUUAUAACCGUACGGCACGCGAUAACAACUUGCGUAAAGACGAAUUAUUGUCGUUAUCAUACACAUUUACCACGUCAUAACUCGUAAAUUUUCACGCGUCAUCGUGGCGAUAUUGUAUUAUCUUUACAUACGUAAUGACCGUACGUAAUGUUUUCGCGCGUAAUCCGAGAUUCGGUGUAUAUGUAGUACGCUUGGAAUAUUAUGCAACAAUUCGCGUGUCGCAACGAAAAACGGCCGUGCGCUUAUGCCAGAUGUUCUGUACAGGAUCCUCUAAUCGUCCGAUAUCGUCCCCACGCCAAACGUUCGCAUCUCCGGUGCCGUAACGAGGGGGGGGGGGAGGAGAAACCGAACAUGCCCUAGAACCGUUACGUUAAUAAACGAACGAUUGUCGCAAAGAACGAGAUUCGGAUUUCCCGGGCGCGUCCGAUGGCGAGCUGUGUACGAGAGAUAGUACAAUCGAAAACCCCGUCGUCUGAUUGUGAAUAUCGCUCGGCUUCGGCUUUUUCCCCGAGUGAAUCCGCGGGGGCUCGCGGUCUCGGUUCGUCCGCGACCGUUUCGGUCGAAUCCCACCGGACGGGCAGGGCCGUAGACGAAAAAAGACGGACCACUCCCCGGGUCCGGGCCGCUCUCGUCCUUUUCGUCGCCAUCAUACGCUCUCUCACGGAGGGGCAUGAACCCGGAACGGACGCCGAGUCGACAAUUGCGCGUGAAAUAAUUAUUAACGACCGCGCAAACGCAAUUAACGCGCGCGGGUAUGAAACCCGAAAAAAACGGCCGCGGGAUUUCGCGGACACAUCGCGUCCUAACCGUAAUAAUAUACGCGGGACGGGGGGGGGCGUUGUUGUCGCAAUGAUUCGUAACAAGCGCGCCCCGCGCACUGCGCGGCACGUGAUGAUAUUAUAAAUUGCACUGGAGGUGAACGCGAGAGGUCGGAAAAUCGUUUAAUUUCGCACGGUUAAACGGCGGAUAGAGUGAGGGACCGUCGCACGGGUCUUGAUAAAUAAUUUAUCGCCGUUGCCGCGCGUGUUCGGCGUAUACGACGUGUACGCGCGCACACACACACACACACACACACACACAUUCUGUAUAUACAUACAGUUUUGUAUAAUAAACGACGGCGAGACUAUCGUCGUAAACGAGGGGAAAUUCGGGGUCGGAUAAGGGCCUGCACUCGACGCGGACGGAGUACGCCUUCCAGCCGCCGCCGUCGUCGAUCGGUCCGUCGUCGCGCGCAAAGUCAUUAAGUGCGACAACGGCGGCGGCGGCGGCGUAGAGACACAACGACCACGGCUAUGCCGGCCGUACACAAUAAUAAUAUAUACAGGGUACCCGGAUUCGAGUGUUUGUCAAACAGCGGGCGGCUGUCGAAUUUUAAUCGCUCGCGCGCAGUCCUCUGCAAAUACGUAAUAACAAUACACAACGAUAUAAUAAUUAUUACAGUGCUAUUAUGUAUAUUGCGUUAUUAUUGUUACGAUAUAAUAGACGCAGGUACCUAUACGGGCGCGGUGUACGGCUUUUGCCUUUUCGCCGUUUGCUAUUGUCGCGACGACGUCGUUUCCCCCCGUAACGUGUCGCCGGCGAAAUUCGCGUCCUCUACAACGACCGUCGACACUCUAGAAAGUAUACUAGCCCGUCGCGGCUAAAACCAGUGACAGGUAUAAGCGGAAAAAAUCGAAUCGAAAUUUCUUUUUUAAAUUUAGACAUACCAUUGCACGGUCUAUAAUCGAGUCGCUGUGGGCCCUACCUCUUUAAACGCUUAAAAAAAAAAAAAAAAACCGACAAUAAUUUGUUCACACUGUUGCGACGACAGAGGCGAUGGGUUCGUUUCGGCGGAAAACGGCGACGCCCUCCGCGAACUGUAUUACGUGGACACGGUCGGCCACCGGAAUUUCGUCAUAGCCGUCCGCUAUUUAAAAGGCUAUUUAGAGGGCGUAUCCAUCCGUUGUCUGAGAGAUUUCGGCGUUUUGUACAUUCGCAUGCGGCGUGUACACUUAUUGCGCGUAUCUUACACGCGCGGCUCCGGAGGACUGCGGCACCGCGGGCUUUUGCGCUCGCGGGGCGUGAUUUGCACGGGGAAUUUAAAGGCGCGCGUUAUAGUGCGUUAUGCUGCCACCGCCGCCGCCGUUGCUUCUGGAUUUCGAUGUUCGCCGUAUACCGAGCAGAUUCGAGAAAGAAAACAUCAAACGGCCGCGUAAUAAGCCCCUCGCUGUGACCGGCACACGCACUUAUAAUGUUAUAUACCUUUUUUAUAAACUCACUUAUUCGGCGCGGGCGCCUUUGACGCGUGCAACGCGCCCAAAAGCAAUUUUAAUUCUUAUAGCGGCCGCCCCGCAAAAUCCGUCACUGUCACGUGUCGCUUCGCAGCCGCUGCCGACGUCUCGUUUGGUUUUUAAUCGAUCACCCGUGACACUAUAAUAUCAUUUACAACUAUUAUUAUUAUUUUAGAUUUUCAGCGCAAUAGCGAUGAACUAUUUGGUUUUGCUAUGACGUAUGUUUUCGAUUUUUUUGUACGUGUGUAAACAGCUCUUCUACCAGAAAUAUAGCUCUGAUCAUUAACUUCGGAGAGGGGAGUCGAGAUGUUUACAUGAUUUCGGGUGGCGAAUUUUGUCAAGUCGGUGCAUUCAGUUAGGUAAUUUUCCUUUUAGUUUUCUUGAAAAACGACGGAGGAGAAACGGGAAUAACGCGGUUUUUGUUAAUUUCGAUUUUGUUCUUUUGGCUAAAAAGAUAAGAAGAAACGCUCGCGGGAAUUCGACGCAUGGAUUCGAUUUACCUUUAUAUAAAUUAUUCUUACGGAAAUAUAAAAACAUCGAAAAUCCGUAGUUUACGGAAUUUCGCGUAAUACGAGUCAUGUGGCUAAACAAUUUUGCAUUCAAAGAAAUGCUUAAAAUUGUAUGGGGGGAAAAACACGGACAAAUGUACUUUUUUUUUUAUACGAUUAAAAAUUACUACAAUUUUCAGUAUAAAUUUAUCAAUACUGUACGUUUGACCGAACUACGCUCAGAAUCGUUUUUUCAGUGACGACGGUUUGUAUCGUUGAGUACGUAUCACAUGAUAAUAAUAUCACCAUAUAUAUUAUUAUCCUAUACCUACUAAACUUUCCGCCUAAAACAAGGGCAGUUUAUUAUUAUUGAUGCACGAGCGAAAAAUCGUCCGAAAUCACUAAUGCGGCUGUUAAAAUCAUUCCGUUAAAAAUCUCUCAGAUAAAUGUCGUCCGUCAUCUUAUUCAAAAUUGCGAAUACUGUAUAGGGAUUUAAAAAAAAAAAAAUUGAUUCGAGUCCGCGAGUUUACUGUUGAAAUUGAAAUCCCGGAUCAAACCGUGAGUUUACGAUUGAAACAAACAUCGAAAUUAAACGUUAUAACGUUCAGCGUUAUUCCCGAUUCGUCUGUCAGUUUUUGUUCUAUCGUUGAAAUUAUUGGCCGUACGCUAAUAUCGUGCAAUAGACUCAAAAGUUAAUGGAUACGGCGAUGUCUGCUGCAGUGUAGAAGGACCGAACAUUCUUUUGAACGUCCAUUCUCCGGAUUGAACGCAUUUUAAUUUAUAUUUAAUUUUAAUUGAUGAUGCCGAGUGCGUUGUCAAUAUAACGGCAAUAAUGUAUAAUCUAUUUUCGAGCACUGUUAUGAAUUAUUCGAGCAUCAUCGCGCGGCUUAAUAAAUACCCCCACUAUACACGUUAACGUAGAUGAUUAAUAAUAAAUAUUUUCCUGUACGAUCGUCAUAGUACGACACACGCGUAUUGUAUAUUCCAUUAUGAUUUAAAAAAUGAAAAUAUGCCAUUGUACACGUUACGACGGCAGUGUCGAGUAUAUCAGUUUUCAAUUAAAAAUAACACGUGGGGGACACGCGAAGAAAUGCCGUUACGGAUUAAACCGUCGAUUUCAAACGGUCAUUUAAACACUGCCGUUUCCUUUAUGUACACCUGUAUACUCUUAAGGUUCCACUCGCAACAGUGUUUUAUAAUUCGGACUCGACCAUAAUUGUUAUACUGCAAUAUAGGGGGGGGGAGUUUAAUACAACAACCGUCACGAUUAACAAGGCAUAUGAUAUGCCUUGGUAAUACGUAUCUUACAUAUAAAUCUUCUUUCGCGUGAAUACUGAACAGGCAUUUACUCCGUGGCAUAAUUAGGUUACGGGUUACAGGAACAUCUGUACAGUAGCCUAAGUCACGGUCUCCCGAUUUCUCUAGACUUGCACAUGGCGUUUUUUUUUUGGCCGCCACCGACGUAUACGUGUACGAACAACAUAUACGAUUUCUUUUACUCGUCAUCAUAUACGCAUUUAAUACACGGACUAUAAUAAUAAUAAUUUAUAAUCGCGCGCGCGUCACGAUCGGGAAUAAUUCUAUCGGUCUCUAAACAAGGUUGGUCGGUCGGUCGAGAUUUAUGUGUACCGCGAGAAAGCGAGAAACGGCGCGCGUGCUAGUGCAAGUCGGAGGAGUAGGGGAAAAAAAAAGUAGAAGCGAAUUAUACAUUCAUAUACACGAGUUUUAUAAUUUGUUUUCGCGAGCGAAUCGAUUUAUUAUUUCAAUCAACUGCUAAUAUAUAGCGUGCGUGUAAUAAUGUUAUUAUUAUGUGUCCCCCGCAUCGCACGGGUGCAAAUGUACAGCUGACGCGUGUAGCUGCUGGAUGCUGGCGCUCGGCGCCGCAGCGGCGAAAAGGAAAUUGUCUGUGAUGCAGUUACGUACACCAGCAAUAACGUUCCUCUCGCCGUCCCUUUUCGAGCCUUUAUAUUAUCGUUAUUAUUAUUAUUAUAUUAUGCGAAAUCGUAUAAAUCAAUUUUUUGACUGCCGGCCGACGAUUUGGGCGGCGAUGGUGUGACGAGCGAUGGCGACGACGGCGUUGCUAUGGCAAAACAUCAUCUCGUCGCGAGCGCGGUACAUAUAUUAUAUUUAAUAUUUAUACACAAUCCACGCGGCAUCAGCAACGUGAAGUUAUUUUAUUAUUAUUAUUUUUUUUUUCCAGAGGAAUAUUGAAAGUUUCGAAAAACCCCGACGACCGAGAGCGCGUUUGAUCCGUCCACGAAAACCUUUUGGUUUAUUACGCGAGAGCGUGUGGCGAAAAAGCUAUUAUAUAUAAUAUUUAUACGAUAUUGGUUAUAUUAUAUUAACGAUAUGCGUUAUUUUUUUUUUUUUUAUACCCGAGAAACGCUCUUUCGGUUCACUAAAAAUGCUCAGAUUUUUUUGCGCAGUAGCUAUAUAUAUAGUCGCGUACCUUAUAUCAUAUUCCAUUAAAAACGACGGAUUUGUCAAACCGAAUUCCCAUGUAGAUAUUUCUCGACGAUUUUUCCAUAUGAUUUAAUAAUGUGUCGAUAAGUGCGUGUACAGAUUUUAUUAUAUUGCGACCGACCUUUUACGAGUUACUUUUUAGCCGAAACGAGGAACGGAAACAAUAACGACUAAACACUAUGUACUAGUAUUAUUAUCACUGUUCAACUAGGAAUCGUGUUCGAUCGCAAUGAUUUCUCGGCGUUUUAACAUUGUCCACAUCGAAUUACCCCGUAUCUCGUGUAUACGUAUCCCGUAGACGUACAUCAUCGAAGUUCCCGGCGCGUAUGACUCACCCGGUGCAUACCGGCUGGAAAUGUAGUUCUUAAAAAGUGUCGCGAACGUUCCGCGAAAAGAGCGCCGUGUUCAAAAAAAUGCGCUCCCUUUUGGAAAAAAAAAAAAUGAUUUAUCGUCGCUUUUUCACGUUAUACUCAUAAUAAUACGUUAUAAACAAAAUAAUUACCGGCGGGAGUUACCCACGGUGCGCGAAGUGUGUCACAUACUUUUUUCUUUUUUCUUUCUUUUACUCGUUUGUACUAUUUAGCGUUGUAAUAAUGCAACAAUAAUAGUACUCGUGCGCGUAUAGAGUUAUCAAUUUUCCGAACACCGCAGUCAUAUCCGGCGACUGCAGGUGCCGUUUCCGCCGCGGGAUUCGUAUUCACAACGCGCGUGUUAUUGUUGUUACGCGCGAAUUCGACGCGACGGCCGUACGCGUACACGCACAGUAAUAAUGUUAUACCCGAUAUUAUUAUUAUUAUUAUUAUCAUAUUAUUAUUAUUAUCAUAUUAUUAUUAUUAUUAUCAUAUUAUUAUUAUUAUUGUUAUUGUCAAUGGCGACGGACGGGCGGCCCGAGAGUCACGGGACCGUAUAAAACAAACGUACGCGUAACGCGCGGCGUUGUACAAUCGUUAUCGGCGACGUGGCCGAGGACGGGGGCGGGGACGCUGAGUGUCGUGACCCAUAUCGUGCCCGCGGGUUUUUUUUUUUUUUUCCCAGCCGUUACGGAAAAGGUUAAGAAGACCGUAAACCCGUCGUCGUACUACCCCCUCCCACACACACACACCACCGAAACCCUUCCGCCCGUUGACGAAUCCCGGCUUCGCCGCCGACCGUUGUUAUCGUCGUCCCCGUCGUCGUCACCGUGAUCGUAUUAUAAGCGCGCGUCCGUGUCGUCAACGACCCGUAAUAAUAAUAAUAACAACAACAACAAUAAUAAAAUAAUAAACGGGGCGGGAAAUCGCGAAUCCGCGUCCUGCGCCAGUCCGGCGCGUUUACCGAAUGGAUUCGCGUGGUAUACCAGUAAACGCAUGUGCGUGCUAUGAUUUCGCAUUGUCUUUCCGAUAAUACAGUCGUCCGCUGCACGUGUCGUGCCCAUCACUCACACCCGGUUUACAAUAAGACAAUAAUGUACUUGAUCCGAAAAUAUCGGGUUGAAAACUAUUAUGCAUGAUACCCGUAAAACGAUAAUUGUUGACGUUACGAUUUCAAAUAAUUCGGUUUUUUUAGUUGAUAAUAAGCGGAUAAAAAAAAUAUUGUAUAUAGCCGGAGAUAUGCUAUGGGUGAAACGGGUGGAAUAGUAUACACAAUACGCGUUGGCCAAUUCUUUUAAGGGAGGGGUUUUGUUUUUCAAUGGAAGACCUAAAUUUUAAAAUGCACUUUUUUUCGGAUUUUUAUACCUAGUGUCCACAAUUAUACCUAACUGCAGUCACGGCUUAUUGAAACCGUCAUGGUGCGUCACAGUCGGAUACUCGAAGUGUUAUAAUACGAUCCGAGACGAAUAUAUUAAUAACGUGCAAGGUACGGCGCGCCGCGUGAGGGGAGGGGGGAGACGAGGGCGUAAAAUGUUGUGAAACCGCGAAAACGCGUCGGAUGCGCGUCUGUAUGUCUGCGGGUAUAAAACCGCGCCGAUUCGAAAUCCGUUCGAGAUCCCCGAUCAAUUGUUACAGUCGAUAACACGGCCGACGACCGCGAUGAAAGACAAUCGUCCCGUCGCGGUAAUAUUGCAACACGCGCGCAUCGACUGCAAUUACAAACCGGGGGUAAACAUUAUCGCUCUUCUAGUAUGUUUCUUGUUCGCCGCUCGCGCGCGCGAAUAAAAAACGAGAAUAUAAUACGCCGCAGGGGAGUGGCCGCAGCGGGGAGGGGAGGGAGGGGAGUAUCGCGCGCCCCACCCGGAACGCGCCGAGUCGUCCGCUACCCGAUGCGGUGUACACGCUAGGGGCGUGACCGCUGUGUCAUCCCCCGUCACACUGAUUACGGCACCGCGACGACAGUAAUUAUACGAGCGCGGCCCUCCGCGCGUCUUUGCUGGUCGCGGUGCCCGGGCGACGGCGCGGCGGCGGACAGCCUGCACGGUCGGAUAACGAUAAUAAUAAUAAUAAUACUAUUAUCGUAUUAUUAUAUUUAUACAAGUGUGUGAUAAUAUUGUUGUGUAGGCGUUGCGGUAAUAAUAAUAAUAACAAUAAUAAUAAAAUAUAAUACGGCCGCGAAUCGAUCUAUAUGUGUAUGUAUGAAAAAAAUAAAAAACUCGCUUUUUUGACGGUUGUGUUUGAUUAUCGCAGUCACGGUCCGUCACAUUCGUAAAUUAUAUCGCGCCCUCCCCUCCCACUUUUCUCCCCCUCCCCUAGCUCCCGAAAUAUUACAAUAACGCGGCGGUCACUGUUUGGAAUUAUUAUUAUUAUUUAUUAUAUUAUGUCGUUACAGUAUCAUGCGGUCCGUGACGGAAAAAAUACAAACGUAUACAACGAAUUAUAACGCGAUAACGAUACCGAAACCGUAUUAUAUAUUAUGUAUUUUAUGCGACGUUAGCGUGGGCAGAAACGCAUUCGAGGCCGCCUCGGCGAAGGUCCAAAAGGCUCGGAGGUCGGUUCUAUAAUUCUGCGUUCGAGAAAUUCGCGUAUAUGUAUUUCGCUGGUGGUUCUGCAGUGUCGAGCGACUAGAGGAAUCGAAAGGACGAAUUGCGUUUUUAGGGGAUGUGAAAUGCUCAGUCAACCAGGCCGAUUUUCGAAACUGUUCGGCAGAAUGAAACAAGACCAGUGGCGUAACCAGCGAGUAGGACUGGGUAGACCCAGGCCUAUCCAUUUUUCUCUGGAAACUAACGCUAUUUUCAAAUCAAAAAUUUGUAUAAACAGGUUUUUCUAUUCAAACAAUUAAAUUUUUUUAUCUGAUCUACUCAGAAAAAUAUUUCUUGCUACGCCUCUGAACAGGACGAGUAUAUAUUAGUUCCGUAGGUAUAACUAUACCUAGGAUCUGUGAAACUUGUCAUCUUUUCCCUCCAGAGUUUGAUUGAAUCUGUGACAUGAUAUGUCCAUCAUAUCACGUACAUAUAUGAACAGUGGUUCAUCUGCGUAUCCAUAUUGUAAAUGGACUUGCGUUAUUACUACACCGAAUUGUGUGGCAUCUAUAUUUUGUUCAUUCAAAAUUAUUGAAAAAUCGUUUCGAAAAAUGAAAUAAAAGUGAACCUCUCUUGUGCUGAGCCCUUUAAUUUAUUAUAGGUGUUAGUGUACGAAGUUGCCGGAAGGAAGCGGUGACUAGCUAGAAUGUCGGACUUUGAUUAUCAAUAAAGACAAUAAGGUCGAGAAAAUUUACUUAGGAAAACGCGAGAAAAUCCUUUUUAAUUAAAUUGCAUUACAUUUGUGUACAAUAAAUGAAGUGAAAGGAUGUGUGGCCCGGGAAGACGUAUUAGUUUUUGGAAGUGGGCCGAUAGGACGGUUUUGAUCUUGACCGGUAGACCGGAGAUAUUGGUUGUUAGACGGAAUAGUCACUGUCGCAGCGGAAAAGUCGGGAAUGUAUAAUACGAGUAGACGUGUAAGGUAAUUUAAGCGAUAUCUGUGCGCAACGAUUGUUCAUUUGUUUAAACAUAUUUUGAAAUUCCGUGAUUUGUAUCGUUUUCGUCGAAACCUGAAUUUUUAAAACGCUCUCAAAACAAACUACAAUAACUAUGUACACAUUACGCUCGAUGUCUCGCUUCCAGAAAUCACCAACCCGGAAUAAUACGAUGAUCGGGGAAAGAUGUCUGACACAGAAAAGUUUGUUUACAGGCGGGAGGAAAAAUCACAUCAUAUAAUUAGAUAUCGUAUAAUGCAUACUUGUGUAAAAAUAUAAUAGUCAGCUGUAUAUAUUAUACAUAAUUACGAAGCGCUAGAUAUAAUAAUCGGAUUGUACAGUAAAAUAGUAUAUCAAAUAUUACGAAAUUGUAUCGCUGUUAAUCUGUUACGCGGUGUUCCCUUUCCUAAACGAAAAUAAAAACGCCCAGCACCAAACGUGUUCGCGGUAUACCGACGCUCAUAGUGAAUUAUUUUCGAUAACAUCUUAUUUUUUACAUUAUAUAUAUUUUUACGUAUCGUUAUAUUAUUACUAUAGAUGAUGUAUUUUGGGCACGCGGUAAACUAUACAUAUAUAUAUAUAUAUAUAGGUAUACUACUACUGAUGCGAUAUUAUAUGCAGUGUGUGUGUGUGUGUGUGUGUGUGUGUGUGUGUGUACAUAUCGUUAGUCGAAUGACAAUUCAGUUUUACAGUAAAAAAAAACGUAAACUUACCGGUACGCUCGUUGUCGAGUGGGUACAAUAAUAAUAAUGGUAAAAAAAAAAAAAAAAAUUGUGAAUGAAACAAUAUUUUAUUUAGGUAUCUGCUAUAUAGGUGUAUAUACGCUGCGAGCGAAACAAAUAUAAUAACAAUCCGAAUAAUAAUACAUAAUAAUGUCGUAGUUGUACUCGUACCUGCAUAUAAUAAUGAAUAUAACGACAUACAUACAUACAUACAUACAUGCAUACAUACAUACAUACAUACAUAUAAUAAAUAUUUUAUACGUAUACACAAUAAAUAAUGUACGAUGAAUUAUUACUAGGCGACGGAAGAAGAUAAUAAAAUAAAAUUAUGCUGCGCGCGAGAAGGGCAUGAGUUUCGCUUCUCAGUCAAAUAAUGAUGAGCGACUUACAAAAUAAAAAAUAAAAUAAAAAAAAUCCACUACCGCCUCUUCAAAAAAGUGCAUUAUUAUAUCCUCGUCGUCUAUAAUAAAAUGUAUAAUAUACUGCAGUCUCGUUAGGAACAUAAUGUAUUCAGUGAGAAAUGCGAUUGUCACAAUAUUAUAAUAAUGUUUAUUAAGCAUCGUCGUUUGUGUUUUGCGCGAAGACAGCGGGUAGGCCGCUGCUGUAGGUGUGAAUUUCGAAAGAUACGGAGGUCCAAGUAAGAGAAACGAGGGGUAGGAGGUUAAGGGGUUCAGACCUCGUGUUUCGACACGACUGCGGCAGGUCAAUUGUUUUUUCAACUAUCUCAAUUCAAAUUCUAUUACAAAAAAACUGACAGUCGAGCUCCCGUCCAAUAAAUAAUCUACAACUACGCCACUGCAGUGGAGAUAUACGUAAGAAAAUUUAGAGUUUAAUUACCAAAAGAAACGAUAAAUCGCUUUAAUAAAAAAACGAAUUCAUACAAUGGGUGAGCUACUUUUGUAGUAUCUUUGAUAACGAAAAAAAAAAUUUCCUAGCGGAAUUCGGUCGUACAUGUUUUAAAAGGCCGUAAAUUUACGAUUUGAAAAUAAUAUAUUUCGUAAAUUUUCCUACGCUUUUUACCGGUUUUUCUCAUUUACCAUGAAAACAGCUGAGUGAAUCAAAAAAUGACUUCCCUAUAAUACCAUCCCAGUCAAAUUUUUUUUCAGAAAAAUAGCAACACUUGAAAAUCGGAGUGAAAUUACUAGUAGAAAAGUUAUCUACAGAAAACAAAAAAAAAUAAACAUCAUUGUAACACCAGUACAUUCCUCGUUCUGCUAAGAAUCUAAAAAACGUUCCUGUGAUGUAAAUGUCACCGACGGACGGUUUCUUUCGUUAAAAUCAAUCACGUUCAUUUUGAACCCAUCAUAUUAUGCUAUUAUUGUGAACACAAAUUGAAAAUCGUUUACACCGCUAUCCGGACGAAAUACCUAUUGGGCUCGUAAUGCGCGCGGUCACCGCUGCCAGCGGACCUACAUCAUAGGAUAAUCACCCACUCGUGUUCACGAACGAAAAAAUCGCACGUAACAAAUAAUAAUUUAAUUAGUAUCCGGCCAUACGUCAUAAUAUUAUUAGUCGUACGGAAUAAAAAUCGCCGUAAAAAUGCGAAAAAUAGCCGUGCAAAUAUUUCUAUCGUACGAUGCAGUUCAUGGCCCGAUAACAAUUAUUAUAAUUCUUAAUAUUAUUAUUAAAAGUGCAAUGCGAGUAUACCAGUUAGCUGUAUUUGCAGCGGGACAUGCACGGCGGACGGAUUUCGAGACUGAUGUGUACCUGCCGUGUUAUCAUAACAAUAUUAUAUACGAGCGAUUGACGUUUAAAACACUGUUUUUUACAUACGGAAUGCGGUGUAAACAAAUUAUCGAACGAUUGCUCGUAUGAUACUUUCGGAUAACACUAUUAUGUACACCCGUUGAAAUUUAUACGAUAUUACCAAUACUCGUUUAACGCGGUUGUAUAAUAUUAUAUACGCAAUGUAACCGAGUUUUCGUGUACUUUACUCCGUACGGGCACGUGCCUAUCGCGGUUUUUGCGAUCGUAUUUUCAUUAUUAUGUAUAGGUACUUGUUAGGUACCUUUUUUUUUUUUUUUUUUAUACGUACUAUGCGGUCUAUAUCUGCGCUAUAUUAUAAUACGAACAUAAUAUACUCGUAUUAUUUUAUAUGGUCUGCUGCGAGUGUUGGCAAUGUUUUGUAUUAGAAAAAAAAUUUAACGCACGAUAAUUAUAUACAGCGCGAUUCAAUAAUCACGUAAUAUCAUCUACAAAGAUUUCGGGUAAUUUCGUAGACUUUCGGGCGAGGGGUUCUCUCUUUUUGUCGCGAAAUUUUCGUAAUUUUACCCGUUUAAUCCAUAUAUACUACAAAACGCGGUAUCGGAGGAUUUUAGGUUAGGUGUACGUAACCUAAACGACCGUUUAAAAAUUCUGAUCCGAAAAGAAAAUUCAACGCGCACCAUCUAAAUUACCCAGUAUUUCCCGGGGGUUCGAACACAGAAAUCGACAAGAGUAAUUCCAUUCGACGUGUGUCCCGGUAUUCAUCCGAAUCCAUAUCACAGUUGUCCGGUUAAAUUUGAGUCCGUGAUUGAAUCACCCUGUAUGUAUAUUAUAUUAUAAUAUAUAUAAUCUGUCGCGGGUUGUAGGCGUUCGUAAUAUUACAUUAUAAUAAUGAACGUUUCGUGUUUUCGAAUGAUUUUUUAUUUUGUUUUUAAUUAAAUGCACAAUAACACUAAUAAUAAAACACGACUAUUAUAUCUGUUAGAUGUUUACACGCGUAUUAUCGACGAUUGCAGGGGAAGGUUGUGUACCUAUAUACGUGUAUAUGGAAUGAGGUACACACAUCGCAGAAGGCGGAGAACGUUAUAAAUGAUGUUCGACGGGAGAGGCGACAAAGAGAAAAAUUACCCAAAGUCCGUAUUAGGGCCCGGCGGCGGCAAAUGCAGAUGUUUUAGACGAGAGAUAAAAAACAAAAUGAAAAAAAAAACCAUAUACUUGUACAAAAUUGUUAAAAAAAAAAAAAAAAAACUAAUAACAAUAAUGAACGACGAUCCCAACACCUCGGCAUCGGGUAAUAGUAAUAAUAAUAAUAAUAAUAAUAAUAAUAAUAUUAUUACUAUUAUUAUUACCGCCGCCGUACGCGCGCGAUAAUGCGCCCGCCGACCGUUGAUGAACGACAAUCAGUCAACCCGAGCGUACGCCGCCGCGCACGGCGUCACGGCCGCGUGCGAGCUCAUCGCUCAAUCCCGACACCCAUCGGGUAAUUGAGUCGUCGGCGCAAUCGCGACGCAACGUUAAUAAUAAUAAUAAUAACGAUUCGUUAUACGGUAUAGCGAUGGUUUUUUUUUUUUAUCGUUUUUGUUUUUUUUUUUUUUUUUAGUUCGGAAAAAAAAAAAAAAAAAAAAAAAAAAAAACGACGUAGGCAGGUAGAAAAUUAAUAACGAUCCCUCGCGGGAUCCGGUGCCCAGAUGUCUGAGACGAGCCGGCGAGGGGAAGAUAGUAGCGUAUAAUAGUAGUACAAUAAUCAUAAUGCGACGACGACGCGACGGGCGCGGUAAUAUACCUACCGCGGUACCGGCAUUCAGUGACGUGCGCCCAGGAGGUGCGGGGGCGGGGAGAAGUUAUAGCCACCCCCCCUCCAUUGGCUUGAAAAUUCAACAAAAUACGAGCGUUCUAUAAUAUCGAAACGCAUAAAUUUCGGUCGAUUUCCGAGAAUAAGCUUGACGCGUUGAUGUUUGAAUUGGUUUUUGUUUAGGACCCGGCUUUUGAAUUACCAAUUCCCGUAGUCGAGUUGGGCGGAGAAGACGAUUUUAACUCUUUUUUCACGAUUUUCAUUUGUUACGUCCCCUUCCAUUGGAAAUUCCUGGCCACGCCACUGCCGGCAGUAAUUAUAAUAACGACAAUAUAAAUAAAAAUCGAAUAUACGAAAACGGACGCGUGUAAAUAAUAUACGUUCUAAUCGAAAUUACUAACCGUCGACAGUAUAAUUGCCCGGCAAAUCGGCCCGCGUCGCACGGUCGCAAGCGUGAAAGACAUUAUAAUCGAGAUACCUACGAGAGAAGAUAUUCAUGUGGUAAACGAUUCCGAAUCGUACGAAAAAAAAAACGAAAUGCGCCGAUAAAAUUAUUAUUGUUAAUAAUAUAAAAAUACGGUACGGAAUCGACGAAAAAAAAAAAUUAUAAUAAGAAUAAAAACACUUUUCACGUACUGUUGACACGUUAACGAUCCGGCAGACUGGUUAUUUUGCUUAUCGCGAAAAAAUGUGCACACCUCGGUUUCCGAUUCGUUACGAAUAUAAUAUAAUAAAUAUUCGGUAUUUUUUUUCACAUUAACAUUCGAAUGCCGGUCGAAAGCUGUUAUGUGUAAUUUUUUCUCCUAUAUACAUUUCAUUAGCGGUUUUCUAACUUUACGGGAGGUUCGAUCGAACAGCCGGGGGGAGGGGGUCGAAGAUCGCGUAAGCUACGAUAACGGUAUACAAGCCCGUAAUCGCGAGGGGGGGGGGGCAAUAAAGGGCAUUGCCUAGCGUUUUUAUCGGAAGACAAGCAUAAAGAGUCGUAAUAUUGGUUUUUUUUUUAACGCCCCCCCCCUUAUAAAUCGGUUUGCUCCUCUCAGCGCCACUGAAGAACUGAUCCGACUACGGGCCUGCAACGGUAAAGAAACGUCGCGCGAAAACGACGAAACGCACGGUACGUCGUCGGUGCGAGCUCGGCGCAAAACAUUUUAACGUUCCGCCGAACGAAUCCUUUCGCCGCACCUCCGUGGGCGCUCCCGACGCGUAACGACGUUCGGUCCCGGGGACAGGGGCGGCGAUUUGCGCGCGCGCACGCACAAGCCAAACACAAACAAACAAACAAACGAACGAACGCCCCCGUCGCCGUGCACGCGCCGCGGAUCCGUCGGCCCGUUCCGUUAUCACAUUUCUCGUUUUCCGGUAGCGGCCCCGCGUUGCGACUACACUGCGAUAUUAUUAUACCGUGCGCUAAUGAUAUUAUCUAAUACGCGAUUCCCUUUGUAACAAAACUCUCCUUUGUGCGCCGCCCGCGUGUUUGUUUCGGGAAACCUAAUUAUAGUCGUUGCAGUCCGCAAGCGCGCCCACCCUCCGCCGUAGCCGCCCACGGAUUCCCGCUCGUCCAGAGCGCGCGCGCGCGCGCGCGCCCGUAAUAACGUCACGGUAAUAACAACGGAUCGUCUCGUCCGCCGCCGCCGCCACCGCCGCCGCGUUUUACACGGUAAUUUCGCGGACGUCGUCGGUUAAUCCCGUCGCUUCACCUUACUCUUUAUCAUUCGCCGGCGGUGUGUAUACAGUACAAUAACAGUGGCUACGCACGGUUGUACGGUGCGCGUAUUAUACAGAGCGGGUCUCUUGUCGCGAACCGCACGGUUUUCGAUUUGGUGGGGGGUGGGGGAGGGGAGUUAUUCCGGACGUUACGCGACGCCAGAACCGUCGUCGGGGGUAAGACGUGUUGCGUUUUCCCCCCGUUCGCCGUAUACAACAACCGCACACGUACGGACAAUAGUGUUGUACGUACACGCGACAAUUCGACUUGCAGCAUACGACGCGUACACGGACGGGUCUCGACAACCCGAAAACAUUUUUAGCUUCCCCUCCGGAAUUCGAGUCAUCGAGACCCGGCUGUAUAUUACAUGGAUGUACGAUCCGCGUUUUCCGAUCCGAAAUGCGAUAAUUUGUUCAAACGUUUCGAUGUGAAAUACACGACAAUCCGCACCACAGUUCUGUGGUAUAGUUAAUAUGCCCGUAAAAUAUUACAAUUCAUCCGGAUCGCGAACUUUAACGAAAAUACAACGGCACGGAACGGAUACAUUACAAUUACAAUCAGGAUAUCCGUAUACAAUAUUAAAUGUUUAAUUGAUCGCAUUACCCGUUGCGCCAAACGUCAAACCCGUAUUUUCGAAAUGUGCCCAAUUUACGCGAUGAGACAUUUUCGAUAAUCCAUAAAUAUGAUUACGAUUGGUUUGAGAUUAAACAUUAUCGGCGCGACGGAUUAUUACCAAUACUUGAACAAUAUUAAAUUGUUGAUUUUUUACGUGUGUUUUUUUUUUUUUGACUUUUUUAAGCUUGUUUUUUCGUGAACUUUUUGUGAAAGGGCAAUAACGGUCCCGGGCCCCAAAUACUAUAUUAUUAUUUCAGACGACGAUUGUUAUAUUAUUAUUCGCGGCCGUGUUAUCUCGUGACGGUCGUGCACACGUUUGCGACUCGCGCGUUAUCGUUCGCCGGCGCGCGAAUUUAUUUUGCCGGUAUUUCGCAGUUACAGACGUUAAACCCGGCGCGAGGUCUACGACCGGGCCGAAACGCUUUGGCACACAGAAUGUCAUGUACUUAUAUAUAUAUAUAUGUAUAUAUUUGUGUGUGUAUAUACACAAAAUAUACUUGCAUAUUGUUCGUAAUUAUUCCUAUUUAGCGCUAUAAAAUAUUAUAUUAAUAAUUAUAUGACGUGUAAUCUUGCGGCGGCGACGACAGCGUAUCGAGGUUGGCACAAGAAAUGCGCCUACACCGCGGUAUCUUUACAAUAUACACAGUAUCUAAAAUUAAUAAUACACUCGCGAACCGUAACAGAAUCGUUCGCAGAUAUUCGUGCGUUUUGCAAUACGAAUUCGACUAUUUACUGUGUUUUCUUUUCGGUCCCAGUCCGAUAUUAUACUCGCCCCGUUUGAAAAGUCUUCCGUUUUCCGGAAAAAAUGCCGAUCGAAACCGAGUGGCAAUCUGUCGAAGACACCGCGAAUCGAAAACUGAGAUAAAAAUUCACGUACGGUUUGAAUUGAAUUACCCUAAACCUUGACUUUCUUUUUUUUCCUUUUUUUUACACAGAACGUAAACAUCGCCGAAAGCAGGGACGCCGUUCGGUAGAUUCCGACCGCGGUAAUUUGGCGGCCUUGUUUAUUUAUUUUAUUUCAAACGCGUUUUCGGCCCGUUACAAUCGCGCAGUCGUGAACGUGUAAAACCUAAAAGGCAAUCGAACCGCUGUCAACGGCACGGGCGAAUGUUAACACGGCGGCGGGUUGUUAUCACGGGUAAAUAAACGGACGUGUCAACAAGACGCCGGCGCGCACCGAAACUAUAAAACGUCACGCGGAGCAAAUCGCGGUACAAUGAGUUAAAUCGCGGAAAUAUAAACCGUAUGGCCGUAAUUUAAUGAAAUUUAGCGUUUUUGGAAUUGUAUAAUGUGGGAACGCAAGCGGGGCGGAAAAUUCCGUCGGUUCGACAAAAUAAUGAAUGGGGCACGACUAUGUAUGAAUAACGGCCCGGUAGAUGGAAAAAUCGACCGGAUUCAUAUACGUCCCCGGCGGCGAGUGUUAUAAUAGGAACGGUUUUUUUCCCGUCGUUUUCCUAGUUAUUAAACGAUAUACUAUUAUAUAAUUUUUGCGUCACCCGAUACAAAAUGUCCUGCAAUGUCGGGCUAAAAUCGUUGCCAGUGUGAUGCGCAUAAUAUAAAAGAGUUUUUUUUUUCUUUUGUCCGUCUAUUAUCAAUAAAAAGUCGCAUUUCCCCCGAGAUAUAGGUGCCGAGUAUUAUUAUAAUAGUAUUGCUGCUUGUUGCUCCGGUCGGACGGGGGUGGACCGACGAGAAAAAAAAAUCGUUUACACGUUAUUAUAUUGUCACCGAGCUUUCCGGGCUAAAAUCGUUGCCAGUGUGAUGCGCAUAAUAUAAAAGAGUUUUUUUUUUUUUUUUUUUUUAUCCACGGCCGUAAGCGGGGUCGACACCAUAACGGCCGGGAGGGAGGGAGGGAGAAAAAUAAAACGAAAUUAAACGAACAGCGAUUUGUUUGCACACGAAAUUCAAAUCCAAUUUCCGCGGCGCGCGCUCGCGAGGGCCACACCGCCGCCUGUUUUUGUAUUAUUCAGCAGCACAAACGGCCGUUGAUCAGGUCGAUUUUCGGUCCUAAAACCGUUACUAUAUUAUAUUAUCGCAUUAUUAUUUAUUAUCGCUAUCGUUAUUAUUACUAUGUACAGUGUGUGCCGCGCGAGGAUUACCGCCGCCGCCGCCGGUGCUGCAGUAGGUAUUAUGUUUGCUCGGAGUAGGGAGGGGGGGAGCCGUACGCGCACUCGUAUAACGUUACACCCGAUAUUAUUAUUAUUGUUAUACUCCUCGUAUUUUGCCGAUGUAGUUUAAUAUAUAAUCGAAUAAUAUUAUACUUUUACCCUAUCCGAAUUUCGGUUCUGUAACGCGUAAUGACCGUGCGGGUUCCACAAGAGGUGUAUAGUCAGCCUAUUUGUUGGAUCAAGGGGGGUAGGGGAGGCUGUAGCCCCGGGUCUCAAGUUGAAGGGGGUCACGCAAUGUGCUAGUUUUUGUUGUUGAUGAACAUUUUUUUUUUCUGUUUCGCUCAUUGCGGUUUUUUUAUCCGACAACAAGCGGCGGCGGCUGGACCGCGACGGUCCAGGCCCGACAAUGCGUUCCAAUGACGUCGGUUUCCCGACUCCUGAGCGCGGACCUGAAACCCACAGCGUCCCGGGCGACGAAACGCCGCUCGGGUCGGACAGGGUCCACAGUAUAAAUACACGGCGCCCGUGGUUCGCGUCGUGUUAUUUGAUAGAUCGAGUCGAUCGAACGCACACUUUACCGGGCGUAAUGCACUACGCGCGGGCACGUUUAACAAAUUAUCCGGACUCUCGCUCUCGAUUGUCGUUUAUCUUCUUUUUUUUUUUUUUUUCCCCCCCGUUGUUGUUGGGGUGGCCGUGUGCGCGCGAUCAUCAUUAGUCGACCGGGAGGCUUCGGACAAAACGACGAAGGCGAUAACAAUGCAUAAGAGUUGCGACGACGAAACGGUUGCGAACGUUCCGCACGCGGAUUCGAUUUAAUGAACCAGAGCACGCCAUGUACUUGAUAGACACGAUAAUAAUAAACACUAAUAUCGUAUCGGCGUGCCACUUAUAUUGUAUUGCGGCCGCGUCCUGUACACUCGGUUAUAAUUCAAAAUACUUUCGACGGCAAUAUCAUUAUUGUUCUCGGAGUAUAAACGGCGGGGGCGUCCGCUCGGUUCGCCGAUAAUCUCGCGAAAAUCCAAAGUGAUUACACUGCACUCACGUCACCAUAUCCGACCCUGCGGAAUUCGCAGGGGCGUUUAAAACCUAAGUAAAACUAGUAGACUACCCCUAGUUAUAAAUCGAUAAAUCGAAUAGGCCAUCGAUAUUACAUCGGACUUGGCUCUAUAUUUCUAUUCCUGGACAGAUCUCGGGGCGACAUCUGACUGUUCCACGAGCCUUUUUCCGUUCGGUUUUCCGCGGCGGCCGUUCCGUUCGUAAUAUCAAAACUCUCCGGUUAAAACGUAUAGACGUACAUUUUUUUUUUUUGUCUUAAAUUAAGUCAUUAUAUAAUUAUACAGGUAGAUACGGCGUUCUUGUAAGCCCCGGCGCGUAUUAAUCAUUUUCGUAAAGUCCAUCGGACCGCGCGUAAUUUGUCAAUUAAAAUGAUAUAGGUGCCGCCGCCGACCGUAUACAAUAUACGUAUAUACGAGUAAUAAUAAUAAUAUAAUCAUUUAUAUAAAACGUAUCGGCGUAUAAUAAUUUUUAUUUUUCCCUUUUACCCGAACCGUCAAAACAAAACCGGUUGGUGGGCCCGGGACCACCUCAUCCGCGAGGCAAACCUCGUCCGUGCACGCCGGCGUGCACUGUACCUACUAAUGUGAAAUUAUUAUAUUUGUUAAUCGAUGCAGUAAAUACCCUUCUGAACCGUUCAGGCAAAAAAAGGUAAAAAAAAACUCAUUAAAAAAAAAAACCGAACAAUGUUUUAGACGUGUACGGGUGUAUAAUAUACACGUAGGUAUAUGUGUUGUUUAACAACGAACGAGAAAUCUGUUAAUUUACAGUCGUUGAUAAAUAAUAAUAAAAAAAAAAAUACGAAAUUAUAAUAUCUAUAUUAUACACCGAUAAAAUACGCGUCGAAAACCCGAGUUUCGAUAGUAUUGUUUCGUUCCGAGUAAUUUACGCACGAUUAUUGUUCGGUUCGCGUAACGAAUACUAUUGUAACAAAUUAUAUUUUUUUGCCGUUUAAUUUUCGGUUUUUUUUAACGUUUAUUCAUAAAUUACAUGAAUUUUAAGCGUAUAAAACGAGGCGAUCGAAAUAAUUAUAAAUAUCGAGAAAUUUCGUUUUCAUAAUAUUUUCGGCUAUAUUACAAAGGGCAAUUCUGUAUUCAAUCCCGGGAUUGCUUCGCAGCAGCUAUCCACGCUCUUGUUUGCCUUUCUUUCCGUUUCUCCAUACGAAUUGCGUCUUCUAGGUCCUUUACCAUUUGACCUAAAUAAUAAUGUUUCUUGCAGGUUUCAUUCUUCAACAAUACCGCAAUUGUGUGUUUUGCAGUAUUACGAAACACACAAUAUAAUAUAUAAAUACGAGACUGUAUAUUUUACUGGUAAUUUUUUUUUUUUUUAUUACGCGGUCCAACGACUUUUUCGGAGGAUUUUAAACGAAUCUGAUUCUGUUGUACCGAACCGUUUGAGCUAUAUUUACAUAUAUUUACUCUAUGAUGUAUACCCUUCGUCUAUAAUGUACCCGCCCUUCCCGUUUAAAUUUAAAAUUGUUAUGAUAACUCAUCAUAAAUGGUAAAUCCAAUAUUAACUGUAGGUAUAUAGUGUAGCUUAUAUAUGCGUAUUGACAUUUUUACAAAACAAAUCUAAUUUUUGGGGAGGGGGUUGUUAUAUAAAAAUCGAAAAUUGAAAUUAUAUGCGCUCGCGGUUGAACGAUAUAAAAUAUAUUAUUUUAAAAAAUAUUAAGACCUUUAAACGAUUCUGGGAGAAUAACUGCGACCGAAACGAAACGAUUCGAAAUCUUCGUAGCGAUAAUCGCCGGGUCGUGUUAAAAAAAAAAAAAAAAAAAAAAAUCACCCCGCACGCUAUAUAUUUAUAGUAACAAUAAUAUAGCAGUUAAUAUUAUUAUACUCGGGUUAUUUUCUACAAGGGGGCCGUGUAACAAUGUGUACAACGUUAGCCAGUUAUUAUAUUGAAUAGGGAAUAAUUUUAUGGACACGCGCGUUAUUAUACGUCACACAUUGCAGUAUUUGCAUUAAAAAUUACGCGACCGAAUAUAAUAUUCCGUUUCGGCACAAUAUUUACUUACAUAAUAUAAUAUUAUUAUUCUGUUAAGCGUAUUAUAAUAAUAAUAUAUAUUGUAAAAAGCGAAAGUUACGACCGAUCGUGUACGUAAUUACGUACUAUGUUCAAAGUUUAAAAACGCCCGAACAAAAGUAUUUUCUUUACAUAGGUUUCGAAAGAGUUAAUUUUUUUAAAUAUGACGUUAAAAAUGUAUUUCAGCUAAACGUUUUGGGCGGGUUUGGAAUCGGGUAUAGGGGGAGGGGGGUCUCUUGCUCCCUAUGUUCGUCGUUUUUACAAACAUUUGUGUCCGUUUGCACAUUUCGUCAUACACAUUUACUGUGCAGGCUUUUUAGUGCCUAUUUCGUAAGUCAUACGAUAACAUAUUUUGUAUAUCGUGUGUAUAUUAUCGUCGGACACUAAUAACAACGUACGCGACAAACUGCAAUACUGUUAACUGAGUUCCGUUCGGAAUCGUUUUUUGUUGGCAAUGUUUAAAUUUAUACAGGUACGGAUAUACAUUAAGUUUCUCUCAAUAAGCAACCUUCCCAACUUCUCAUCUAUAAAAGCGGUCCACCCAUCGUGCGAAGCAUGUCCGUAUUUUUUCACCAAUCAUUAAUAUUAAAUUUAAUUAUUUCACCCUCCCCCCUUUCAUAGUCAAAGUCUGGAGAUGCCUCUGCGAUAAAAACAGAAAUCAUAAAAUAACAAAUAGUAAUAUUGUCGUUUUCGUUAUAAUAUUAUAGCGCGUAUUUCCUAUCUUACACCUGGUAUACAACAACAAAAAGGUCGCGACGUUUAAAGUGCACGCGAAUGUUCACGGAUCGUUGAAUAAAAGCUUUUUUUUUUUUUUUUGAUUGAUAAGUCAGUUGUUUACUGUUUAAAAACAACCUUCGUCACGCGCGUUUUUAAUUUUAUUAUAACAUUAUAACUAUUACAUCACGGAAACAUAACAACGUGCCUUACAAAACAAAAAACGUAAAAAAAAUAUUAUAAUUUUAGAUUCUAAGUGGAGCGAAAAAUUGAUUGGUUUUACAAUGAUGUUUAUUUUUUUUUAUCUGCGGAUAACUUUUUCAUCAGCAAUUUCGCUCCGCGUUUUCAAGUAUGGCAUUUUUUUCUGAAAGGAAAUCUGACCGGGGUGAUACUUUAGGGAAGUCAUAUUUUGAUUUUCUCGGUUGUUUUCAUAGUGAAUGGGAAAAACCGGGAGAAAACACGGAAAAAUGUACGAAAUGUGUUAGUAAACAUAACGGCCUGUUUUUCUUCCUGUGAACGAAUUUUCUUUGAAACCUGCGUACACACGGCACGACGCAAUUUAUUCCGAAUCCAAUGGUGUCACCGUCUACGUUGGCGAAAUCGAAAAUACAUCCCACCUAGUGAAACUGUACACCGUAUAUAAUAUAUCGUAUAGCGGCUAACCAGGAGUUUUGUACCCAGCUACAUUAUAUACAUAGUAAGUGUACGCGUUUCGCAGUGCGUGCACAACAUUAUCAGCUGUGUGAGGAAAGGAUUGGACGCUUAUUGUUUCCGCGCGAGCCUCCGGCGAAAACGGGGCGAGCGUAUUUAAUUGUCUCGCCUGCACCGCCGCCGCAGAUGUGCGACAGCUUUUGGCCCGGAGUAAUAAUAAUCGACCGGCUAUAAUGAGAACACGCGUAUACACUGCGGUAUGAAGUGUCGAGUGGAAAAAAAGAAAAAGAAAAAGGAGUUAAAGUCGAACGGAGUAAUUUAAUUUAUAUCUGUACGCACAGUGACGGAAUACACCAUUGCCGAAGGAAAACGAUUCUGAGCAAAGUCCGCGGUUAAACAACCGUGUGUUUUUUGAAACGACGCGAUUUCAAUACGAUUUUCACACAAAUGUCGACAAAACUAACUAUAGUUAUUGGAUUUUUGUCGGACCUAAAAAAUUUGAUUCACAAAAACUAAAUAAAAAAAUCUGAAAACUUCAAAUGAGUCGGAAAUUUUUACCGCGCCUAUAUAGAAAAUGCUAGUUAGAAAAUAUUCGGUAAAAAUUACAGAUUUCUACGAUUAUUUUUAAUGAAUGUUACCGCAAAAAAACAAAAACAAAAUCGAAAAUGACAGAAACCUUACAAUCCUUAUAAUCCUCAGGUAUAUAACUACGAGAAAAAUCGAAAAAGGAUAUCCUCAAUGCACCAAUUCUAGAUAAAAUUUACUACGAAAGAGCUCAAUAGUAUAGACGGUUUCCGGAUCGGAGCGAAAUGUCUGGUAUAGAAAAGUUGGUAACACACCUCUAGAAAACAAUAAGACGUCGGCCCGAUCAUUAUUAUCCUGACUCUAAAAUGGCAACCGUCCGGGAGAAGCCAAAAAAAUUUUCUUCGCGAAAUUCCCAACUCCGAAACGAGUAGUGGCGAUAUUUUAUAAAGGAGAUCCCAUAAUGAAGAAGUUUACUGCAACGCGAAAAUUCCGUUGUAUUUUUAACGGCUCGUUGACGGAAGCAAAAGAUAAGUGUUUUUUUUUCUAUAUAAAUUAUUUUAAUUGUAUUGGAAAUAUCGUAAAAAUAAUAAAAAUUAAAAUACCAUUUUUUUUUUUUUUUUUUUUUAAGGAAUAUUACGACGGUAUAGCGAAUUAGGCCCAAGAGGAAAACGCCCGAAUUAUAAAAAAUCAAUAUACAAUAAUAUAUAUAGGCAAACACAGUAACGCGAGCACGUGAAAUGACCAUUAUUUUUUACCCCGACAAUAAUAUAAUGACGUCUGCGUAUCUUUUGCGAAUAAUAAUCGCGCCGGCGGAAUCGUUUUCGCAUUUCGUGUAAUAAUAAUACGCUGUAUACUUUUAAAUCAGGAAUAUUGAAUUUGAAACGAUUCGACUGGAAAGUCGACUCCGCAGCGGCUAUAUACCCGCCGCCGCCGCGGGGGACAAAAGACGAUGAUGAAUCUCGUGACUCGGAACAAAUUUAAGGACAAUGUACAAAAAAAAAAAAAAACGGGCAUAAAAAGAAAAUGAAAUAAAAAAUAAAAAAAAAAACGAGAUGAAAUAAUAAUACAAGGGGAACAAUAUGCAUCAUGCGAAUCUUGCGUAUUGUUGAUUUGAAUAACGAGUAUUAUGAUGUGGAGAAAUAAAUUGGUUAUUUAUUUUGCUCUCUCUUUUUUUUCCUCGUUUUUUUUUUUUCGCUGCGGAGCGCGCACAAAGUCAAUUUCGCGCGCGCGGAGACUCCCCCAAAAGCGUACAUAGUAACUCUUUUGAUCUGCACAGAACCAUAUGGGAAUUUCCCAAUCAAACGCACUUGGUAGUAGUUAUACACACAUGUUAAAUCCUUCAGAAUUCAUUUUCCGUAUAGCGGAUGGAUCCGAACGAAAAGUAAAUAUUAUUGCGUUUAUCGAGUUUAGUGUUUUUAUAUUAUACGUGAUUUUUUUUUUCUUCUUCUUUAUCUUCUGCUAAAAGGACUGCACGGUCUAUACGGCGUAACUGUAUAGCUGGCAGUUCGGUACAUACGAAAUCGUUGACGCAUGUUCUGAAUAAAAAGCGAAAUGAACCCGAAAUAAUCCAAGAGCAACCUUUAAUCUAUACACAUCGUGUACUCACCCAUCAAUAUUUCCGUAUAUUCCCAAUCGUAUAUAUUAAUUUGUUCACUUUAGGUUUUUACGAAAUCAGUAGUAAACGAACAGGUAUAACCCAUAUUUAUUUGUUUUUGUCUUGAGCGCUCGACCGCCUCUAAAUUUGUUUUUUUAAAAAAAGAGCCGAUGCUGCUGAUGGUUGCGGCACUGUUGUAAUGAGAAGUCGGAAAGGUGAUUCGCAUAAAGUCGUUUGAUUCAUAUCUGUAAGCAACGAUGAUAAAUCAUAGAUAACGAAAAACACGUUCGUCAGCAUUGGGGAUUGGGCGUAACGCGUUUCCACCAAAAGUGGACCUUUCACUUUUCACUUUUUACUCGUUUCCACCAAAUGAAAAAGAUUACCGGAUAAUUAACGGAUUACAAAAAUGGAAUAAUUGGAAGCAAAUAUAUUAUCGCGUUCAAUAAAAUAAUAUAGUAAAUAUAUUUAUUAAAACAAAAUAUUGUUUUAAAUUUCAGAUAUGAUUUUGUUAAAAGUAUAUCUUACAGUUUUAAAAAAAUCAUAUAUACCCUAAAAUUAUAUAAUUUUUUUAAAUAAAAUAUAAUAUUUUCAAUAUUAAACAACAUACAUAUUACAUGAAUAUCAUACGAUAUACUGUUGUACCGCACAUAAUUUUUUUAAAAAUAAAAUUCAACCUCUUCUAACCUGUAUAUUGUAAACUAUAAUAAUUUAUACCUAUAUACCGGUCGCAUGAACAAUCGUUAAACAUUUAUUGAAUCGUUAGUGAGCUAAAUAAUAUGGUUUUGGUGGAAACGAGUAUUGGUGGAAAAAAUGGAGAACGUACACUUUUAGUGGAAACGGAUACCGCCCUGGGGAUAAUAUCAUACACCGGAGCCCGCGACGUUGCGGGUCUAUAAAACCGUUUUAUAAAUAUUUGAAAAUCAUGAAUGGGCAUAAUCGUAUUUUGUAAGGACGUAUUAUUAUAUAUCGCGGUAGAAGUAUAUCGGAUGACCGAGAUUGCGAAAUUUCGUCGCAUUAUACCCGCACACGCAAUAUCAAAGGGCCGAACAAAUCGUUAUUACGUAUAUGUAAUAAUAUAAUAAAAGGAAACGAUUUUGGUCAGGUAUACGCCUUGUUCGGACCAGUCGAUAUCGUGAUUUUUUGCGUGUGCCGCAGAUAAGCGGACCGCACCACCGCGCAAAUGCAAUGAAAUACAGUCAACGGACACUAUUAUAUUGGAUACGAGAUCGGCGAUAACGUUGCAGGACGAUUUCGGGAUUUUCGCAUCACGUGAACCCGUCCCACGACGAGAACGGUUUCCUUUUUGUGGCCCGGCGACGGUGUCAUUUGCGGCGCACGAACAAAAAGACGAAACUCCGCGACGACGUUUAAAGACGCUAAACAACCGCGCGCGGUGGACGCCGUCGUCGUCGUCGUUGUUUAUACACAUUAUUUUAUCUGACCGGAGAGAUCUGAGUAUAUAAUAUAAUAUACAAUAUGAUGAUAUAGGAAAAUAUUAUCGGGAACAUAAUACGGCGGUUUGCCGGCAUACAGAAAACUGGUUUCCUACUUCACAAAAAAAAAAAAAAAAAAAACCGACGACGACGGCCGGAAGUAUUAUGUCAGGUCCAGUUUUGAUCAAAUACACAACAAAGCAAAUAUAUAAUAAUAUAUACGAGGAGCCAGAUGAAACAACAGUGAAAAAAAAUAUCGAAUUACCCCUCAUACUAAAUAAUAUGUAUACGAGACAAACAUCGCAAAAAUAUCUCUCUCCGGUCGCUUCUCCCUCUAUUUCGCUCUGUCCGCGCAUCUCCACUACGUAUCUCUCCAUUUAUAUAAUAUGCUCGUCUCCUAUAAUACGCGUCUUUAUAUUAUUAUUAUUAUUAUCGUCGUAGUCGUCGUUUUCGGUACGGUUGCACAAUGAUAAUCGCGGCGGCAGAGACGAUGGUUGAAAAUCAAACGCGCGUAAAUUUCGAUUUGUUCCGCGAACAAUGAUGGCGCCUCGUCUGCAGCGCCCGUAAUAAUACAGCGUGUGUAUGCGUGCGUGUGCGUGUGUGUGUUUAUCUCAUCGGGAACCUCUUGACCGAAAAGCUAAAAGGCGCCUGUAAAUACGUAUACAUAUAUAUAUACCGUAUACGCGACCAAAAACAACACUGCCUGCAGACUAUACACAACAGAUACACGCGCGCAUACUUCUUUAUGAUGUCGUGUGUAUUUAUUUUCCCCUUUGCCCCAAAAACUGCAGUAUAUAGGUGCGCAGUAUAAUAAUAGACACUGUACACACCUACCCUCGUUGGACGUACAACAAACAAACUGCGCACAUGCGCUGCAGUAUGUUAUAUAAGGUACUCUUUAUGCUUACAUCUUUUUAUCGGGACGUGCGCACGCUGCAGCAAAUACGAUGACGGGACACCCUAUACAUAUAUUUAUACAAGUAGCCGAGCGAUGACUUCUCGCGCGUGCGUGCGCGUGUGUUCGGGGGAAGCAGAAUUUGUUUACGUGAGAACCGUGGGAGUGACCCCCGGGCCCGGCGCUUUUUAUAUAUUAUCAUUAUUAUUAUAUACAUAUAUAUAUAUUAUUAUUAUUGUAUAUCCUGUGUGUGUAUAUGUGUGUGUGUGUGUGUGUGUAUAAAAAUCGGAUGGUUCGUCGUGUAUCGUGUUACCGACCGACGUCGACGACGGCGACGACAGCGAGAGAGGGAUUUCCGAUGCAAAUUGCAUUUAUAUAUAUAUGUGUACGAUUGUACACGAAAUCUAGAAAGUAAAUAUCAGACGGGUGACGUGGUUCUUCCGCGUUUUGCCGUUCGGCUCGGAAUACCGACUCGUCUAUACGUUUUCCCGGGGAAAAAAUUCGCUUCUAUACGAGCUUUUUCAGCGUGGCGUAGAGUUCGGACACGCGCUGUACCGCAGUGGCGUGGUGAAGACUGUUUUUUUUUUUUGUAUGUUAAGACCCGUGCCUCGGAUACCCUCAAUCGGCGGUGGUCGGAAGCGUAAGAUUCUUAACCGACCAGUUUAGUCCGUUCGAAUAAUACAUACACGUACAUAUCGACAAUUCAUUACCGACUCGUUCAUUGCGGGGACGGUGGUGGUAUGUGGAGGUGGUAUCUAUGUAGGGAAAUUGUUGUUGCUUGUACGAAAAAAAAUGUUCCGACGCCGACGGAGAUCCGAUCCAAGUAAUACAAUUUAUAUAAAAGACACGUAUAGUAUUAGGACGGGUUUUUUAUAGAGUGUUCUCAAACUGUAUAGAGUAGUGGUGAACACUGCAGAGGGAGUCACAAUCCUCCUAUUCCCCUCCCGAAAUCACGUUCCACUAUAAGACUCGGAUUCCGUGAUUGGCCACCGUUUCAGUUAAUCAGGCGCCUCCAUUGGAUUUUCGACGUUUCGCAUUUUUAUUCUAUUUGGAAACGGAUCGUUAUAACAAUACUCCCAUAAGACUAACACGAAACCGCAACAGCGUAUAAACACGGUUUCGUUCGGUGUAUCGUAUAUAAAACUAAAAAAAAAAAAUACCCUAUACUUAAACGUACGCCAUUAAACGCGCGGUUGUUAUCUUAUACCUAAGAAAAGGGAGUCGAAAUUGUUUUGUAAUGACUGCGGUGGACGUCACGUCUUCUAUAUAUUAUCCCGUUGGUUUUAAAAAUGUGGGUUUUAGUUUUUGAAAAGUCUAUAAUACUAGCCGCCGCCGCCGCCGCCGUCUUUCUCCGACGACGGAUUACAACUGGCGCCUGUUAUUCGCGCAAGUCAUCGCGGGGUUUACACAAAAAUAAAUAUUAGUUUCACCACACCGGGUGUACACAUACACAUUCAAACGACUGUAUAAUAUAUCCUCGGGUCUCGACAGAAAAAUCGACCACGUCAUAUUGUAAAAAAAAAAAAAAAAAAUACAUGUAUGUAUAGAUAUUAUAAAAACGUCCGAACCAACCGCGUUCAAUAGUAAAGACGUUAGGUAUAAUAUUAUUAUUAUUAUUAUACUCGUAUCCUAUAAUAGCUAGGUAUCCGUCGACGUCGUAUCAAUAUUAAGCUAUAUAUUUUUGUGAACGUAUGUAUAGAUAUAUACUGCAGGUAACAAAAAGAAAUAAUAAUGUACACGUAAAGUCUGGUCCGCGCGAUGAUAUUAUAGUUAUACUAUACCGCGGUAGUACACGUCAGUCAACUAUUACGGGCAGUGGCGUGGUGACAGAACGUCAGACCCCGGUGCAAUUACGAAAAAAUCCAAUAAACAUAUGCGUCGAAUCAUGGAAAAUAUCGUAAAUGUUUUUUUUUUAUUACUUAAAUUUUGUGUGGAUUUUAGUUAUACAUAAUAUAAAAAAAAAAUCAAAGUUCAAUGAGCCAAAUAUCUACAUGCAAUUUUUCCAUUAAAAAAAAAAAACCAAAACUGAAAUCUGACGUCUCUAUACGGGCCGAGUGAGUUAACCCUGUAAACUGUGUUUUGGACAAAAAAAAAAAAAAAAACAAAUCGUGCGCAGAUCCCCAAGCACAACAAUUAAAACCGAUUGAAUUUUUCGUUGGAAUUUCGUUAAGAAUGUUUAAUCGUAAACGUUAAAAAUUUGUUUUCAGCGAUUGCUAACAGUCUGUAAGAAACCGCAAACGCAGAACACCAGACAUAGGAUUUAGCAUAGUUUUCAACUAUGCAACGGCCGGAUUAAUAAAUUGUGCGAUUUAGACCGAAAGGGGGGGGGGAAAUCGCAAAAGAAAAAAUUAUAAAAAUGAAAAAAAAAGAUAAACAAACCCCGAAAAUCGACUCGAGCCCUUAAAGGCAUUACACGUUAUUACAGCGCGUAUACACGCUUGUCGUGGAUGCGGCGGCGAUGCGUUUUUUUUCGACGUUCCUUUUGGAAUUGCUGUCGUCGUCGGCAUAUAUAAAAAAAAAAAAAAAAUACAACCUACCUAGUAUACUUAUACAGUGCGCAUACAAGUAUAUGACAACCGACGACGACGACGACGACAACUCGACCGCGGCAAUAUUAGAAUAUUAUAAUAUUAUAUUUACCACGAAUUAUGCCGCCGCCGCCGCUCGUAUGCCAUAUGCUCGGAAAAUCGUCAAUGUCAUCGCCGUUAAAUAAACAUGGCACCGGUGUAUUUUUUUUUUUUUUUUCAUAAAUUAAUACGUACGCUGCGUAUAGGUACAUACGCGUGAUAAUAUUAUACUGUACGGACGUACCGGUCGCAGGCAGCGGCGUGGUUGCGGCGGGGUAUUGGCGACGAGUCGGAGUCAUUAAAUUGUCAAGUGUUUCUCUCUGCCGGUGGGCGGGUCGUCCCCGUUCGUCGUGGCCGUCACGAAGGUUGAGCUCGGAAACUAUCGCGUACGGUACUUUUUUUUUUUUUUUUUUACUAUUAUUAUUAUUUUUUUUCAUUUAUUUACCAAUUCCCUACGCGUAUUGUGUGCAGUACGCCAGCCGCUACUACCCGGGGGCGGGAAAGAAGAACGGAAAAACCACGCGGACGAACAACGCAGAUAACAAAUAUAAUAAUGAUUUACGGUGAUAAUAAUAAGAGUGAGAGAGAGAGAGAUUGAGGUGGAUGUGGGGGCGGGGGAGCGAAAUAUAAUAAAAAAAAUCCGUACGCGUCUCGAUUAUUAUUGUUAUUAUUACCGGACGUCGAAAGCAAAAGGCGACCGAUUUAAUAAUAAAAUAUUAUAAUCCACUACGUGACGUAUAUAAAAAAAAAAAAAUCACACGGUCGCAGCGGUACUAAAUAAUAAUAAUUACAAUCGUCACUAUUCAUUGUUAUUAUCAUAGACGACGCGGUCACAUUAUAACAGUACACCGGUAUGCCUGCCAUACGUUAAUAGUAAUAUUGUCACCAAACGAAUGACAAUAAGACGGCGGGAGGGGCAGAGGAAAGAGUGGAAAUUCAAACGAAUAGAGGUCGCCCGAUUUUUCUCCCUCGCGCAAUAUAAUAUACAUAUAUAUACACGUGUUAUAUUACAAUAUGCUUUACUGCACACGCGAGGGGGUGGGGGGACCGAGCGAUUAUUAUUAUUUUCGUUUCGAAAAUAUUAUGGCCUCCAGGUCACCGCUCGUGCAGCGUAAUCGCUCGUACGUAUACGCGUCCUUGUGCGUAUACAGGGUGACCCUUUUAUCGCGAACUGGCCGUUAUCCGUACCGUAAUCUCGGGCCGUCCCCAAUGACCGUCGUAUAUGUUACAGUUACUUUACUCACGCUUUGUAACGCGCGUAUACGAGAAUGCCGUUCAGUACGACGGGAGUUGUCAUUUAAAAAUAUCAGUGAUAAGAGUUAUUGCUAUUGUUGAACACCGCGAUUCGACGUUAUCGUUGAGCGUAUUUUCGGCGGAGGUACCGCGAGGUCCGACGAGUUUAUCGACGUAAAAGUUACUGACGACGUGGUUUUGUCGUCUGUCGUCAAACCGAAUUUAUGUGAAAAAAAUUGUUGAUAAUAUCAUGUACUCGAAAAUUAUUUUCGGAAGCAGUUUAUUAAUCAACGUUUGCUCUCUGUAUAGUCAGUUAAAAUGUUAAAUUUUACAAAAUUUUAAACGAUUUGAACGUAAAAUUACCGCGAAAACGUACUUAGUAAGCGGUAUGUGCUACGGUACCGUCGUGAAAACUCGUUAUUAUUGCAAAACCCUAUUUGAAUGCAGAAACGGCACGUUUUAAAACGGUUCAAAAAAGACAAACGUUCUAUCAAUAUUUCCGAAAAAAAGUGAACAUUAAUUUCCAUGUUGAUUAUAUUAUAAUAUGUAAUUUGCUAGGUACGGUCAUUUGACGAAAUGUUAUAAAAAAACUCGGUUUAAGGCGUUUUUUGUUUUUCUUGGAAAAUCGUAAAAUUUGAACAAGUAUUUAUAACUACCUACCUAAUAUGUUCUCUCUGAUCACACACUAGAAAAAUAAUACAUUUUACAUCAGCCAUCUCUGCCCGGUAUUUGUUUAGAUUCUCGUUUCGAAUCGGAAUUUAAAAACGGAGGCUGAUGGCUAUUAUAUUAUUCGAAAAUCGAUACAAUCGACACGCAUGUUUUUACGGUAUAAUAUACCUACCCGGAUUGACCGUAACAUUUUUUAAUACUUUCGUUAAGUAUUAUGCUACGCAGAGCCUGAUUUAGAAUUUUUUAGGCCAGGAACAAAAAGAAAAAGUUGGCCUAUUUUUAAUCCAUUUAAUACGAAUAUUUCUCAUCUCAUACCCAUAUAUUUCGUAUGAAACUGAAAAAAAUAAUUUAUAUUUUUACAAGUAUUUUCGACUGUGUAAACUUUUUUUUGGUAUUCUUCGAUUUUAAGGAUUAAUUAAAAUUAAAAGAUUAAUCGAAUCCAGUAGGUGGGCCCCUGAUCUGCAUGGGUCCUGGACAAAUACCCACAAUUUCCUUGCGUAAAUGGGGCCCUGAUACUACGCGUGACGGUCGGAGGAAUUCCGGGACAAAAAUCCCAGCGUAUACAGAUAAUAACGAUCCUGCGGGCUCGCGGUUUUGGCGAUCGAAAAUGUCCGCACCCUAUACACAUACCUAUUAACCUAUCGAAGGCUAAAACGAUUUGCUCGCAUGUUCUUCGAUUGACCGCGCGCGCACACACACACGCAGCCCGCAAGCUCGCGAAAAACAAGAGAAACGGACCGAAGAUAGAAAACUCGACGUCGCAUCGUCGUUAAGGCGCAAUCGAUUUCAAUCUAUUCCGUUACUUCUUUGAAGACGUUAAGUUUAUUUAUUUUUCCUCCUCGUCCGUGAUGCCGGGGCGCAGUGCAGCUCUUUAUAUUGGCCGCUGUGCACUCGCCCCUCGGACAACACGCAAUCCAAACGAAACUCACGUCGUCGUCGUGUAUAAUAACAAUAAUAAUAAUAAUAAUAAUAAUAACAAUAACAAUAAUGAUAAAUAUCGCAAACCUUACACAAUAUUUUUUAUGUCUUCUCCCUGUAUAUACUGUGUCGUCUCCCUCGAAUACCGCGUGACCGGAUGGUAGAGGAGGUCGGCCGCCGUUGUUUUUAUAGAGGAUUUUUUUUUUGUUCGGUGGUCAACAAACAUUUAACGCGUUUUGUGUGUUGCGCACGGCGUAAAUCUUGUAAACACACCGCUUCGGCUAACGUCGAAUCGAGUCCUGGACUAAUUAUUAUUGUUUUAGGUCGUGUCAACUAUUAUUAGUAUAUAGCGGACACGCGCGGCCUUUACCGAAAUCGGACAACGUCCCGACAAUCAAAAGCGCGGGUAAAUUCGGGAAGAAAAAAAAAAAAGAGACAUUUGGCGUCAGCGCGAGUAUCGUUGCAGAUUUAUCGUAAACAAUACAAUGCGUAUAAUAGGUAAUAACCGCCGCGUACCGAGUCAUUAUAAACGGAUAAACCGAUGACGAGUGUAUAAAACGCGAAAAAAAAAUGUCCUCUUCUUCCCGGACGAACCGACAUUAAUACGAAAACAUUUCGCCUUUGGGAUGUCGUCUCUCGUUCGGCGGAACGUAUUCGAUUCCAAACGCGGUCGAAAGUGUAUACGUACGUCUCCUUGUGCCUUCGCCCCUCCUCGAUUGCAUUAUAAUUUAUUGUUGUUAAGCGUUCAGUUUAUCGGGCGAGCCGGCGAAAACGCUGAGUUGCCAAAUGUUAUAAAAUAAUUUAGGUGCCAAAGCAGGAAGUGUCGCACGACACACAAAGGCGAUUCUGGAAGGAUGUCGUCUCCCCUCGCCGCCGCGAACCACGCACGCUAAUCGGCGUGCGCCAAUCACGUUUUUAAUGCGAACACAAUUAUUAUUAUUAUUUUUUUUUUUUAUGCGGUUCGUUAUUAUACAUAAAUUACAUAAUAAACACUUACCUACGUAAAAAAACAGAGGCGUAAAUAACAAUGAAAAAUUAUAGGACAUGUUUCCCACCGCUGCUGCUACAGUGGACGGAAAGUCGAAACGGUGUUUUAUGGUGUAGGGUGAUUAUUUAUCGUAGCAGCAACAAUAAAAGAUUGAAAUCAAAAAACGAUUCUGAGCGGUGUGGUACACGGUGUUCAUUCCCCGUGUACAUAUUUCGUAUCCAAAGUUAACCCGAAAAUCGACAAAAACAAAACCAACGUUUUAUAUUGUCAGUAUUAUUAUUAUUAUUUUUUUUUGGAGUUUUUAUAGAAAAACUAUUGGGGACCUUGGAAUAUUUUUCAAACCGUGUCGUAUUGCCGUCGGCCGUUACAAUCCGCGUCGGAACAUUUCUACUAAUCCUAAACGCGUGUCGCGAGAAAAAUCAAUCGCACGCGUUAGUUUUAACAGAUUUUAAACGAAUUAUUGCAAUAUUGCAAAUUGUAUGCCCCGAGAAAAAAAAAAAAAAAAAAAAAAACAAAUAAAUAAAUAAUUCUAUAAACACACAACGGAUAAUGCAACUAUGUAUAGUAACGGAUUCUUUUUUUGUGUAGGACAUAGGAUACGGUUCAUUUUUUUUUUUUAAUCAAGACUUAAAAAUCUUAUAGGGGGGUAAGUUUUUUAGCUGAUGCGUUCCCCCGGUAUCGCGUCUCCGAUCCGCGCGCCGGGAAUCGCUUUUCGAAAUCGCAACAUUCCGUCCGGUGGCUGCAUUUUAAUUUUUUUUUUUUUUUUAUGUAAAUCCAUAAAUCUUGCACGGACCGGUCAUCAACAAAAGAUUCAUGAUAAUAUUCUUACAGAGACCGACAAGCAUCCUAAUCCGGUAACGCGCAGCCACUAUACAUCCAGGUCGAUUUCAUAGCACCGGGCCAGAUUUUAAACACGUGAAUGGGCAUACCCCGCGCCGUUCGAAUGACGCCACUGCAGGGCCUCCGAGCUCGUCUUCUCGUCUGUCCAACGUCCGCCCCGUCGUCGCGCGCAGUGUGUUUGUGUACGCGCAUCGCGUUCAGCCAUAUUCUAUUAUCAUUAUUAGGGCCCGAAUUUAUAUAUUAUCCAUUUGUAUGUGUUUUUUAGGAAGUCUGAAAAGUAUGUUACAAAUAUGAACAAUAGUCAAUAGAACUGAAAUGCAAAGUUUCAUUUUGCAUACUUUACUAUUUUUUUUUUUCACACACUGCAUAAUUUUGAAUUUCGAUCGCAUAUAUAAAUGGCUUUAAAAUGCAUAUCAUAAUAUGUAAUUCAUAUGUUUAAUAUGUUUUUUAAUAAUUGUUUAUAAUAUGUUUCGGUUAUAUUUAUAUAAGUUUAAAAAAAACGCGAUAAAAAUCUGAAAAUCGAAUUUUUUGCACGCAAAUUGUUUUUAUUAAAAUUGCGUAUCAGCUUUUUAGAUUGAAAAAUGUCGAAAAUACCAAUUAUACGAACCAUCAAUCAUUCGUAACUGCUUUGGAAAAGUUUUUAGAAAUAAUGAAUAUUAAAAUCGAAUUUUUUUCCGCGCGGAACAUAUUUCAUUUCAAAUGGCGUAUUUCUACAAAAUGAGAUUGCAUCAUAAACGUAUAUUUCACGACAGUGCGCACUUCUAAGGUUUUUCGAACACGAAAUCCCGAGCCCCGGUUAUUGUUUUUUUUAUUAUUUCAUUACGUUUUCGGCGCACUCUCUUCCAUCCGGCCGACGGUCUUUUGAACGCGACUCGCCCUCGCCCCUUAAUCGGCGCGGUACACCGACGUGUAUACACGCACGCCUAAUCGCCCGCAAACCAAAACAACCCCGACCGUAACCCCUUUUAUUUUCGGCCCGUUCCUGUGCACACUAUUCGGCAGGGUCGUUCGGGGUCACGGGGUCGAGUUUUCCGCGAAUUACCGAUUUCCCUCGAUAGAAAAACGUCUAUCAACGUCGUUCAACAACAGCGGUUUAAAGGGCCUGAUUGUACUUUAAUAUGUUUCCGAAAUAUAUAUACAUAAAUAGGUCGUGGUUUGAAAAUCGAAAAUAGACACGACCGUUUCAAACACGAAAACAACGGUUUUACGAAAACAAGGACAAUGUUUUUAUUUAUUAUUUUUUUUUUUUUUUUUGGAAAAAAGUCACGAGAGCCACUAAAAUAAUUUUACAUUGCAUAAGUGACGUGAUAAAUAAUAAAGUGUGUAAAAUAAUGGGAAAUUUUUGUUUUUUGGUUUUUCCACAGGAUGCAACAACAGCAGCUCGCCGCCCAGUUGGCGCAUUCGGGCGGCCGGCACCACCUGAACCUGCGGCGUUCCAUGUCGCCCGGAGCGGCCAGCACCACCGGCUCCGAGUCGAGCAUCAGCCUGGGUGCCCCGUCGCCGGGCCCGCCGACGAUGCCGCCGCUGCAGCUCCAGUCGCUGCCGCCACCGCCGCUGCUCACCAUCGACCCGCCCCGCAUCGGCCUCACCAACCCGUCGCCGUGCACGUUACCCCAGCCGCUGGCCCUGCACAGGCCGUUCACGUGAUACAGUCCGCCUCACCCGCCGAUCUCCGCCGGCUGGUGAUGCGCAGCGCCGCGUCCGCCCACACCCACCUCCGCGACAGUUUACACCUGUGUUUAGUACCGUCGUCGGGCAUGUCGUCGCGUCGCGGCCUUUAAUAUCAAUUAUAACGCGUAACGGAUAAGCUCGCGCGCAGUGCCGCCGCAAAUACUCGCGGGGCCCAACGGCUCCACACGGCCAAAAUACAAUUUUCAAGCGGCCCGCGUUUCGAACGGAAUCCAAACCUUGACGAACGGUAAUAAAAAUACAAAAAUAAAAGAAAAAAAAAAAAAACGCCCAGAUUUCAAUAAUAAUAACUAGACGAUUGUUGUCGCCCCGAGGAACCGUAUACAGGUGUAUAUACUUGCUGCACUGCGCACGACCGCCCGCAAUCGACACGGCGAUUAAUGUAUCGAUUAAUAUAUUAUGUAAACACAUUUAUCUGGUCUGUAAAUAAAUAAUAUAAAUAUUGUAUAUCGUAGUGCGCGUGUAUGUGUGUGUGUGUGUGUGUGUGUGUGUGUGUGUGUGUAUGUGUGCGUGUGUAGACAUUCGCGAGAUACGCAUCUAGCGAAAGAAAAAAAAAUUAAAAAGAGAGAUCGGAAGAAACAAGACCGAAUUGGUUUUUCGGGAAAAAAGGCGAAAAAUAAAACAGAAUCGGUAUCGGCGUCCCCUAUAAACUGGGUUUUCGCCAAAAGACGUUUCGGGUCCGAUGCGUUCCCUCGCCGUCGGUGGACCUUUUUUUUCGAAAAAACCAAAAAAAAACUAGCUCUUUUUUCUUCCAAUAGUGGAUGUGUCGAGCUUGACGAUCGCAACCGCGCAUAUAAAAUAUAAUACAUUAUUAUAAUAGUAUCCCUCGUUAUAAUUAUCAUAGGAGGCCGUCAUUAUUUAUUUGUACCUAUAAACUCAGGGGAUUGGAUACCGAUGUAUUUUUUUUUUGUCUACAGACUCUUUUGAAUUUCAAUACGCUGUGAAUUAAAAAAUAAUAAUAAUAAUUAUUAUUUAAAAUUAAAAUCAUCGGAUAGAGAAAAUAAAUUUCGGUAUCCACUCUCCAUAAGAAAUUAAUUAAUUAUUAUUGUAUUACAUAAUGUGUAGUCUAUACCCUAUAUAUAUAUAUAAUAGGAAAAUAUAGCGUUUUGUAAAUAUAGUUUUUUUUUUCUAUUAACUAUUAUAGUACGUUUAAACGGUGCAAUUAACAAUAUAUAAAAAAAAAAAAAACUACGCAUGUGUAAAACAUUUAUACUAUUAUAUUAUAUACGUAAAAAAUUAUUAUUAUUAUUAUAUGCUGUACAGAAAAAAAAACCCUAUUCUUUAAGCCCGGCACACACUGCGAUAUAGUUACUACCGCGAUAGUUGGUGUUUCGCGACUAUCACCCUCCCUGUACCAAUCUAACUGUCAUUAGGUAGCGAAUUUCCCAACUAUCGAGAUAGUAACUAUAUCUUCGUGUGGCUUUACAUAUUAUUAUUAUUAUCAUUAUUAUUAUUAUUAUUAUUAUUAUUAUUAUUAUUAUUAUUAUUAUUACUAUUAUACGCGUAUACAUGUAGUAGCGAGUAGACAAUAUUAUAUUAUUAUAUUUAUUACGUUACGGGAAGAGUGAGAGAGAGAGAGAAAAAACUAAAAGAAAAACCCGAAUGUAAGAUUUUCUUUCGCUUUUUUCCGACUUUUCAAUGUGUAAAAACGAGUAGUUGCGAUCAUAUCAUAUUCGUAUCAUGGCUAAACAACUACGAUGGCGUUUCAGUUGUAAACUACGUACGAUGUCAGUGACGCAGCCAGGAUUUUUCAUAGAGGGGGAAGGGGAAAACAAAUUCAAUCGAUAAAAUGUAAUAUGAUAAUAAAUAGUUUGCACUAUAAAUUGUAACAUAUCUUUUUGACAGAGGCCUUCCCCCCCCCCUCCUGGAUACACCACGCUCGUAUUCAGUACUCCAUUUGAAAAAUAUCGAAAUUCCGCUGCGAGGAAAUCGUCAUCAGCUGGCAGUGAAUUUUAUCGUCGGCUUUUCUGCGCUAUAGCUGCGGGUAUAACACGUGGUAGCUGCAGAUGAAAUCACUUUCAGUGGCGGUGUGAACAUCCCAUGAAGCGGUCGGUUGACGGCCGAAUCGACUGGGCGGGGGUUAAUAUCAUAACAUAUUAUUACCGUUAACAAAAAAGGCGGAGUACGCAACUACAACAUCUACAAGUAACCUAUUAGUUACGGGUACCGAUUCUCGUGCUGCUCGGGUCGUUUGAAGUUUUUUACGAUAUUUCACGGAGACCGCUUCAUAGGAGAAAAAUAAAACCUACACACCGCCACCGCAGGUCACGACACCUGCUGCGUAUCACAAAGUCACCGUCAUACCUAAAUAGUCGUUUAGCCGUGAGCCGUGAUCGUGUAUACCUAUAUAUAUUAUAACUGUAUAACACACGUAUAUUAUAUAGGUAUAUAUUGUAGUCACAAUCGUAUGUGUUUCGCGCUAUUUCCCGACGGUUUUUCUAUUGUAAUAUUAUUUUUGCGACGCCGUAGUACCUGUACGUGUAUUUAUUAUAUUUUUACAAAAAAAAAAAAAAUUGUAUUAAUCUUUUUACCCCGCGACCACCGCAAUAUCUGUCAACCGUUUAUAUACCUUAUCAUUAUAAUGAUAUAUAUACGUCUACAAUGCAUAAUAUAUGAAACAAAAUCGAAAUAUAUAUUAUUAUUGUUUGUUAA